GGGGUUACUCGGGGGUAUUAUUGUUAUUAUUGUGGUAGUGGUGGUGUCACCGUGUCCCCUCCCUCUCUCCCCCCUCCUCCCCCGGCCGCUGGCAGUGCAGGGGUUACCGAGGAGAGCUGUUGCACUUCCUGGUCUGGCGAGGCUGAGGCUGCCUGCUCUGCCGCCAUGGUUGGGUCUUGGAGGAUCGCGGUGCGAGCUGCCCACUCCGGGCUGAGGCCUGGCUCCGUGUCUGCCCACCCCGGGCUGGCCGUGCUGGCCCUGGCUGGGCUGCUCUGGGUGCCCGGCGGCUGCGAGACGGUGAAUGGGGCCCCGGCAGCGGGCACAGUGAGAGCUGUCACUGCAGGAAACUGGUCAGCGCUGCUGGAGGGGGAGUGGAUGGUGACAUUGUAAGUAUGCACUCAGCCUGCCUGGAUAUCAGGGGAGUGAGUAUGCACUCAGCCAGCCUGGAUAGCCACCAAUGAAAGAAUGGGGGGGUGAGUGUUCACUCAGCCAGCCUGCAUAGCAACCAAUGAAAGGAUCAGGGGGGAGUGAGUGUGCACUCAGCCAGCCUGCAUAGCCACCAAUGAAAGGAUCAGGGGGGAGUGAGUGUGCACUCAGCCAGCCUGGAUAGCCACCAAUGAAAGGAUCAGGGGGCAGUGAGUGUGCACUCAGCCAGCCUGGAUAGCAACCAAUGAAAGGAUCAGGGGGGAGUGAGUGUGCACUCAGCCUGCCUGGAUAGCCACCAAUGAAAGGAUCAGGGGGGAGUGAGUGUGCACUCAGCCUGCCUGGAUAGCCACCAAUGAAAGGAUCGGGGGGGAGUGAGUGUGCACUCAGCCAGCCUGGAUAGCAAGGAUCGGGACAGUGAGUGUGCACUCAGCCAGCCUGGAUAGCAAGGAUCAGGGGGCAGUGAGUGUGCACUCAGCCAGCCUGGCUGCUGUCACUGCAAGGAUCAGGAGGGACGUGGAGUGAAUGGUGAUAUUGUAAGUGUGCACUCAGUCUGGCUGCUGUCACUGCAAGGCUCAGAAAGGACAGGGGAGUGAAUGGUGACAUCAUGAGUGUGCGCUCAGCCAUCACUGCAAGGAUCAGGGGGGACAUUGUGAGUAUGCACUCACUCAGCCUGGCUGCCAACACUGAGUAGAUCAGGAGGGACAGUGGGAGUGAAUGGAAGGCAGAGAGGACUAAGUUGGCACAAUGAAUCAUAAUGGCAUCAAUCUACUAUGUGAGAAUGAUACUAUAAUUACUGAUAAUCUACCUGAAAUGAAUCGUGUGCAAUACAUUUGUGUGUGUGUGUGUGUGUAUAUAUUAUAUAUAACCUGUUAACAUUUUCUAUUUAUUUUUGACAUGUCAUACGUACAAGACUGGUCUCUGACCAAAUGCCACCCCAAGCAAAAGUCACUUUUGGUGUUCCUCCCCCAACAUCACUAAAAUACCUUCAAAAGUAUUUCAAGCGAACUGUCGCUGCUGAGAUUACCCAACUACCCAGUUAUUAACUAAAUUUAGUUUUUGAGUUGUGUUUUAUUCUCAGUUUGUCAGUAAUUUGUACUUUUAAUUUACAUGACAUGCCUUGCAGGGAAGCAUGACAGACAGGCCGUGCCAUGUAUACUAAAUUAGUCAGCAUUCUGAAAUUGCAUGAGCAUGUGUACCCUGUCCGGCUCACAGCGCUGAUAUCGAGGGCAACUCAAAACCUAAUCAUCAUGAGAUGGCGUGAUGAAGAUCUUUUGUGGGUCACACCAACUCUCUCUUGGUGGGCCAGAACUUAAACUAAACAUUUGAACCUCUAAAAGUGGAGGUUGGAGAUUGGGCCUUCAACGGAUAAUACUGGAUAAUAUAUAUAUAUAAUGUGUCUUCAGGAACAAACAUGCCUCCUAUAGGCACAAUAUAACACUCUUUAAAUAACAAGCUGAUGGUUUUCUCCAGUAGAGGAACCUAUAGGGUCAGCAAAUUCCCUAAACCCCAUUGCGAUUCAACAGUCCAACCCACAGGUUGUUGGUUGCAUACUGGCUAGAAUUUGCCAACGUGAAUGAGCAGUAAAACCUAUAACUAGUCCGGACGCACGGCGUGAAGGCAGGAUAUGGUAAAACAUGCUAGGAUCAAAUGUCGCUUAUAUUUAAUUCUGUCUGCAAAGAACCCUUGGCAUUACCUUGUUGGAAAUAAAACAGUGCUUAUGGUACACAUUUUUGUGUACUGGUGUUUUAAAAUCAAAAUCUGAACACUUCUAACCACAUCCCCACGUAUGCAGUUCUCUCUUCAUCUCAUUUAGAUCAGUUGUACACCAUGGGACUCUCUGAAUCAUUAGAUUGGGUGGGCAAUAGUGCCAAAUGUGUUAGCUGCAUACUGCAUUACAUUAUUGUGUACCUUAGGGAGCUUUUGGGAGCAUUUGUCGAACAAUUCAGGUAUGAGUAAACGUGUUAUGUAUGCAAAUUACAAACUCUUACCCACGAAGAUACUGUAACCUGAGUAAAAGUGAAAGUCUGAAUUCUUCUCUAUUAUCUGGCAAUCUUAUUCUUAGGAGCCAAUAGCAGCUAAAGCCAGUCUUCAGACUGUGCUAAUCACCUAACUGGUGUGUUGAGCAGGUAUAGCUGCGGUUUCAUCAGAACCCUAAUUACUAUGCACAAACACAACCUACCACACUAUUUAGAACCUUCAACGAUCUCUGCAGCCCACACAGACUGCCAAGGAACCCACUUCACAAUGAUGAACAGGAGGCAUCUGCAACCUUAAAAAAUGUGGCCAGAUAGGGAACUUGAAAGGCUUAAAACCAUUUCAGAUCUAAAGUACUUGCAAAAGUAUUUAAAAUUUUUUUAUUUUUUUUAUUUUUUUGCCCGCAAAGGUGCGUAAUAAUAUCACACACACGUGAUCAAUGUGCUGUCAGUAACAGGAUGUGGGAAAUGUGUCAUUGUCAACAUCCUAUAAAAGCUCUAUAAUUGCAGCAUCAUGUCAUACGAUGCCUAUUUCUGUUUUCUGUAACAGAUGGCAGGUUUUGUCUGGGGAGUGUAGUGUAUGAUUAUAUAUUCAGAUUUAAAAAAAAUGUUAUGACUGAUUAUUGAAAAUUCUGCUUCUUUACCAAACUGCAAACAACCUCCAUUGCUGUUUACAUUUUGGGUGGAUGAAUUAUGAUUCAGAGCGUUGUCUGCUCUCCUGGCGUAUUGCCUUAGAAUAAUGUGACCAACAUUUUAUUCAAGUCUUACAAACAUUGCAUUGAAAUGAAAGUACUCACAUUUUCUGGUGGGAUUAAUUUGUGCUGCCGCCUUAUUAUACUUUAAAAGUUUUACAGAGUUUAACUUUGAUGUAGUUAUAGUCACGUGUGUAUCAGGGCUCAAAAGUCCACACCUACUCUUCUGGCCUGUGUGUUAAGGGACACUAUGUGAAAGACAUGAGUGUGUGCAAGAGUGUAUGUGUUUGGGAGGGUGUGCACCUUUCCCUUCCCUAUGUCAAUUGCCCCCUCUUUUUCCAUUCCACUGGUUGCUUGUCUCCGAUUAUCAGAUGACAGACUAGCAAAGUUGGAGCGAUAGGUUAAGCGACAUAGCAUUUUUACUGUCCUCCCUCCGUUUAAUUGGCCAAUAUCAUCCACAUGUAUUUGCUCCCGUUCAUGUGUUUGUCACUGCCUCGUUCUCAUUCUCAAAUCUAUAUUUUGUCUUGUACGACGCAGCUGCUCAAAGCUGUGCUUCUUCUAGUCAUCGGACGUUGCAUGUGCCACGCAGACUCAGUGGUUUGUGGUUAGGACAUAAAUCUGGCAACAUUCAGCUUUCAGUGCAUGAUGCAUACAUUCGAAAUUGCAGUAAUUUACUAUUAAAGACUUUAUUCUAGUGGUCAAGCUUGGUAAUAACCGUGUCCUGAUUUUGGGAAAAAAAAAGUUUGUUUUUUUUUUUAAAUUUAUUUAUUUAAUUUUUAGGUGCUUGACUGCAAGCUUUCAAUUGAAAACCAUGGAUUGUACAUAAAAAUUGAUAUGGGAGAUGCAAGGCCAUGUCCCAUGAGCUAAAACACAGUUUCAAUACAAAUUAUCAAGUCAUUGUGGUUGAGAAAAAUAGAUGUAAUGUUUUGGAAACUUACAAAUGUAUAAAAUGUUCCUUCUAGCUGUUGCAAAGACUGAUCGGUAGCUACAUGGAGUGUUUGAUAGCAGACUUUGCAGUUUUUCAUGCAAUGUCUAGUUUUUGAGUAUAUGGGGGAGAUUUCCCACUGUCAUGAUAUUGGUGGGUGCCUCACAUAAAAAAAAACACAUAAAAAAAAAUAUAAGUGCAAACAAUAUCACUAAAUACCAGGCAGUGUGAACUCUGAUUCAUCGUCUAUUCGUAAGAAUGCCAAAGCUUAACAAAUAUUACAGAUUUAUGAAAAGAAGAUGAAGGGCUUAAAGUCUUAUUUGAAUUGUUUCUGUCUUUAUGAUUUUUUCUUUUUCUGUCAAGGCUUUUGCUGGGAUUAAUAUUUAAGAUUUGCUUAUUUUCUCUUUUUUUUUUUUUUUUUGGAGGGGGGUGCGGGGGGGGAGCCAGAUCUCCAGCAUAAAUGUGUAUUAUUUAUAUACAUUUUAGCAAUUCUUUCUGGUACUAAAUGCCAUCUGUUCAGCUUAAGUUGUAACUCGUUUAAGUUUAAACAAUGGAUGUUGCUAUAGGUCAUUUUUAAGGAUCUAUUCCGUUCUGGUAGCGUUAUUACCAAUCGUAGUUCUAGCUCCCAUUUUUUAAGUGUCAGAGGAGGCAAUUCAUUUUUUUUUUUUUUAUAGUCUUCUCAAUUCUAAGCACUUAGUUACUAAAUUUUUAAAGUCCUACUGUUGGAUUAGUUUGCUCAAAAGUUGGAGCUCUUCAGAAGUAACCUCUCUAAUUAUAUUUUGAUAUUAUACCCUUCACUCUUAAAUAUUUAAAUGUGUUCCUCCGUGUUAGGCUAACUUCUCUCUGUAUAGUGUUCAAGGGUUUUAUUUCCUUGUUUUCCAGGAGAUCACUUUUAUAUAUUUUACUCCUUUUAAUUCCCAUAAAGACAGGUCUAGCUCUUUAGUUAAGUAGAUAAUGUAGCUAACAUGGAGGCAAGAUACAAUCGAACUUUAGAUGUCAAGUUUCUUUUUGGUCGUCUUCCAGUUAGCUAAAAUUUGACGUAGGGUUAGACUUCCUUCUCCUUUGAGAGCCUUUUUAUUUUAAUAAGGUUCCCAAAAUAACCAUGCUAGUUCCUUGUCUAUACCUUCCGCCCCUUGUUCUAAUGCAUACCACCCUUCUGUUUUAGACUUUUCAUUUUGUGUUAUUAUUGCAUGGGUUAGUAAUUGGGAUUGAGCAUAUUCCUUUAUAAUCUGGUUUUCCAGUAUCAAUAAGAUGUCGUCUGCAUAAAGUUGAAUUUUUUGAUGUUCUGAGCCUCCUUUAAUAUCCUUGUUGGCUCUAAUCUCCCUAACUAAUGGUUCCAACGACAGAAUAUCCAGGAGAGGAGACAGAGGACACUCCUGCCUUGUUCCGUUUGUAAUUUGGAACCAGUCAGAUUUAACAGCUGACCCUACCACUCUUCCCAAAAGCCUGCAAGGUCUCUCUUGGGAGAUCCCAGCUAACUCUGUCAAACGCCUUUUCGGCAUCUAAUGACAUUGUCAGCUGGGAUAUCUGUCUUUUCUCUGCAUCUUCGUAUAAGUUCAUUAGACUCCUUAUAUGGUUUGAAGAGGCUCUCCCAUUAAUAAAACCUACCUGAUCAUUAUGAACCAGAUCUUUUAUAUUAUUUUUGAUCCUAUCAGCAAUUAUACCUGCAUAUAGCUUAGAAUCUAUAUUCAAUAGUGAAAUAGGUCUGUAGUUUACUAUGUCAGUAGGGUCUUUCCCUGAUUUUAAAAUAGGGGUUAUGUUCCCUUUUAACAUCUCUUCUGGUAAUUCCCCUUUAUCUACAAUUUCAUUUAAUGUUUUCAUCAAUUAGGCAUGUGCAUGGGGAAAAUGUUCGGUUCGGCAUUCCGAAACUCGUGACUUCGGCAAUUCGAGACUUCGGUUCGGCAUUUCGGGACUUUGGCACUUUGGGACUUCUCUUGCAGCUGCUUAGUAGAUAACUCCCUAAUUCCCACGGUCUUUCAGCUAAAUUUAUUAAUACUAAGUAAAGAUUACUUACUAUUAGUAAAUGUUGCCCCUACUCGCUAUACCACGAGUAGGGGCAUGUCUGUUAAACAGUGAGCAGCCCUUUUUUUUUUUUUUUAAAAAGGGUCCCCCUAUUGCCCCCCUGGCCCCCACCCCUGAAUGGCGGGUGGGUGCCCUAAAUUAAAAUAAUGGGGGGGGACCUAUUGUCCUUCCCCCGGCCCCCACUCCUGAGUGGCGGGUGGGGGCCCUAAAUUAGAAUAAGGGGGGGAACCGAAUGUCCUCCCCCCUGGCCCCCACCCCUGAGCCGUGGGUGGGGGCCCUAAAUUAGAAAAGGGGGGGAACCGAAUGUCCUCCCCCCUGGCCCCCACCCUUGAGCGGUGGGUGGGGGCCCUAAAUACCAAUAAGGGGGGGUACCUAAUGUCCUCCCCUCUGGCCCCCACCCCUGAGCGGUGUGUGGGGGCCAUAAAUUAGAAUAAGGGGGGGACCUAAUGUCCUCCCCCCCCCUGGCCCCCACCCCUGAGUGGUGGGUGGGGGCCCUUAAUACCAAUAAGGGGGGGUACCUAAUGUACUCCGCCCUGGCCCCCACCCCUGAGCAGCCUGAGCGGUGGGUGGGCGCCCUAAAUUAGAAUAAGGGGGGACCUAAUGUCCUGAGCGGCGGGUGGGGGCCCUAAAUAAAAAUUUAACCCCCCCAGGUGACUAGGGGUCCCCAAAACCCUAGUCACCCCCUCCCAAAAAAACUAACCCCUACCUACCCCCUUCACCCUAAAAAUAAUGAGGGGGGGGGGGGGCAUUAACUAAGUACUUGUAAAAAAAAACAAAAAACUUACCAUGUUUUCUUUCUUCUAAAAUCUUAUUUUUUCAGCCCCCAAAAAGGCCAAAUAAAAAUCCAUAAUUACCGACGCACUGUAAAAAAAAAAAAAAAAUCCAUCUUCACCCAUGGAGGGCUCCGCGCAGACUGAGCACUGCAGGGCGGGGCAAGGCAAGGCUUAAAUAGUCUUGCCCCGCCCUGCAAUUAGGCUCAGAGCACUCUGGUGGGAAAAUUCCAAAGAACUUUCCCACGCUGUGUAAAAUGACACAGAGCACUCUGAUUGGUGGAUUUCAAGCUAACCAAUCAGAGUACUGUGACAGGUAAAUGUAGAGACUUACCUGUCAGUCUCUUCAUUUACCUGUCAGAGCACUCUGAUUGGUUAGAUUGAAAUCCACCAAUCAGAGUGCUCAGAGCCUAAUUGCAGGGGUGGGGGCCAGGUGGGAGGACAUUACGUCCCCCCCAAAUGGUAUUUAGGGCCCCCACCCACUUAGGGCCCCCACUGCUCAGGGGUGGGGUCCAGGGGGAGGACAUUAGGUCCCCCCCCUUAUUAUAAUUUAGGGUCCCCACCCACUGCUCAGGGGUGGGGGCCAGGGUGGAGGACAAUAGGCACCCCCUUAUUCUGAUUUAGGGCCCCCACCCACCGCUAUAGGUCCACCCCCCCCAUUAUUUUACUUUAGGGCCCCCACCCGCCGCAUAGGGGUGGGGGCUGGGGGGAGAACAAUAGGUACCCCCCUUCAGGUUUUUCUUUUUUUUACAAUGAGCAGCCACAGGCUGCAAAUGCUUACAGCUGAAUCCUGGCUAUGUUUGUAUACUUUUUAUUUAAACUUGUAUACAGUGUAACAUUCUUAACUCUUCCACUGGGUAAGUAUAUUAGUACUUAGGCAAUACUGUACUUCGGCACUUUGACACUUCGGCACUUUGACAAUUUUAGAACUUCGGCAAUUCAGCUAUUCGGACAUUCGGAAAUGUUUUUUAAAAAAAAAGUAAUUAUAGACAUCUAAUCCAGGGGACUUGUUAAUGUUCAAGCUAUCUAUUCUAUGAAUUAUUCAUGAAUAGAGAAUGGUUUAUUAAUCUCCUCCCAUGCCUACUUAGCUUUGGAAAUAUAUUGUUCUUAAAGUAUUCUGAAAUUUCUAUUCGAGUAGCCCCUUUAGGUAGGGAAUAUAGAGUUUGAUAGAAAGUGCUGAAUGAAUGCUUUACCUAUUUUGUCUGGAGACGUUUUAUAAAUACAUUUUUUUUAUCUUUUUUUUUUUUCUUUUUUUUAAUCCUGUUUGAAAGCAUUUUAUCAGCCUUGUUACCUUUAUAAUAUCUUAUCGUAUUGAUUAUCUCUAAAUUUUUAUUAGCUUUUUCUAUCAAUUGGAGAUAGAUAUUUAUUUAUUUAUUUUUUUAAUAUAAAUAUAUUGUUUAUCUAAACGGAGAGAUCUAUAGAGGGACUCUGUGUGUAUUCGUUUACCAAGUUAAAUAACUGUGUGUGGGUAUGUGUGUGUGUGUGUGUGUAUAUAUAUGUGUGUGUGUGUGUGUGUGUGUGUAUAUGUGUAUAUGUGUGUGUGUGUGUGUGUGUGUGUGUGUAUAUAUAUAUCUAUAUAUGUGUGUGUGUGUAUAAGUAUAUAAUGUGUGUGUGUGUGUGUGUGUAUAUGUGUGUGUGUGUGUGUGUGUGUGUGUAUAUAUGUAUAUAUAUAUAUAUAUGUGUGUGUGUGUGUAUAUGUGUAUAUAUAUAUAUAUAUAUAUGUGUGUGUGUGUGUGUGUGUGUGUGUGUGUGUGUGUGUGUGUAUAUGUGUGUAUAUGUGUAUAUAUAUAUAUAUAUAUAUAAUAUACAUGGUUGUGUGUGUAUAUACUAUAUAUAGAGAGAGAGAUUGGAUAGGGGUUUUUUUUUUUUUUUUUUUCAGAUUUGUUUCUUUAGUUGAGGUCCUAGUUUCAUAAAGAGGCCUCGUGCUACACUUUUGUAAGCACACCAUACUGUAAUUAAAGAAGUAUUUUCUAUCUCAUUCUCCAGGAAGUAGAGCUCUGACAUCUUGUUCAUAUAAUCUCUGUUUUCUUGUUUCUUUAACAGGUAAUUUUUCAAUCUCCAAUCUCUAUUAAAAGCAAUUAAAUUUUCUUUGAGAUCUAAAAUCACAGCAUUGUGAUCUGACCAUGUCUUGAAUCCUAACCUUUUGAGUGUGGUUUAUCAGUCUUGCCUCACCUAAUAUUAAAUCAAUUCUUGAGUAGGCACAGUUUGUUUUUGAAAAGCAUGUAUAAUCUUUCUCUUCUACCUGAAAUACUCGCCAUAUAUAAUAUACGAUUACGAUAAUAUAUACGGUAAUAUUACUUUUGGUCCCUUAAAAAGUGGGAGGCACAUAUACAAACUGUUGUAAUUCCUACACCGUUCACCUGAUUUGGAUGUAAAUACCCUCAAAUUAAAGCUGAAAGUCUACAGUUAAAGCACAUCUUGUUUGUUUCAUUUCAAACCCAUUGUGUUCGUGUAGAGAGCCAAAAAGAUUAGAAUUGUGUCGAUGUCCCAAUAUUUAUGGACCUGACUGUAUCUCCCAUCUUUGUCAGUUUCUUUGUAUUUUAUUUUUAGCUCUACUUCCUUAUUUUCUCUUUUUUUAAACCUUAGUAGUACAGUAAAAGUCUAACCCUGAACAUAAUGUUUUGCUAAAAAAGGUCAAAACUGUAAUCUUCACUGUGCCUUUACGUACGUACGUGUGUGUGUGUGUGUAUAUGUGUGUGUGUGUGUGUAUAUAUAUAUAUAUUUUAAACAUAUGGUAACAUACACAAAUCAGCCACAAAUCACCUGCCUAAUAUUGUAUUGGUCCCCUUCAUGCUGCCAAGACAGGUCUGAUGUGUCACACAGAAGAGCUAAUGUAGCUCAAUUUGCUGAAAAGCGUAAUGCUGGCCAUGAUCGAAAAGUGUCAGAACACAUAGUGUAUUGCAGUUGUCUGUGUCUGUUAGAGUGCCGAUGAUGAUGGACUCCACAAGACCUCCGGCAAGUUGCAUGUUGAUGUCUCCAUGGAUCAGAUGUGUUGUUCCAGCACAUUGCACAGAUGCUCACUUGGAUUGAAAUCUGUGGAAUUUAGAGGCCAAGGCAACACCUUGAACUCUUUGUCAUGUUUCUCAAAGCAUUCCUGAAAAAUGUUUGCCGUGUGGCAGGGUGCAUUAUCCUGUUGAAAGAGGCCACUGCCUCAGUGAACACCAUUGCCAUGACGGGAAUGUACAUGAUCUGCAACAAUCUCUAGAUAGGUGAUGCUUAUGAAAGUAACAUGCAGGACCAACAAUUUUCCAGCAGAACAUUAUUAGACCAGUGCCUCCGCCGGCCUGCCUUCUACUCAUAGUGCAUGCUUCUGCCAUCUCUUCCUCCGGUAAACGACGUACACGCACCCAGCCAUGCACUUGAGCUAAAAGAAAACAUGAUUCAUCAGACCAGGCAACCUUCUUUCAUUGGUUCAUGGUCCAGUUCUGACGCUCACAUUCCCAUUGAAGGCGCUCUCGACGGUGGACUGGAGUAAAUAUGGGCACUCUGACUGGUCUGCGACUACACAGUCCCAAACGAGACAAACUGCGAGGCACUGUGCGUUCUGACACCUAUCUAUCACGGCCAGCAUUCAGUUUUUCUGCAAUUUACGCUACAGUAACUCUUUUGUAUGAUUGAACUAGAUGUGCUAGACUUCACUUGCUAUGUGCAUCAAUGAGCCUUAGGCACCCAUGACUUCCUUGCACCACUUUUGAUAGGUACUAACCACUGCAUACUGGGAACACCACAUGUUUUGGAGAUGUUCUGACCCAGUCGUUUAGCUAACAGUAUUUGGCCCUUGUCAAGUCACUCAAAUCUUUUCACUUGUCCAUUUUUUUUCCUGCUUCCAACACAUGAAAUUCAAAAACUAGCUGUUCACUUGUUGCCUAAUAUAUCCCAUGCCUUGACAGGUGCCAUUAUAAUGGUAUAAUCAAUAUUAUUCAUUUCACCUGUCAGUGGCUUUAACCCCUUAAGGACCAAACUUCUGGAAUAAAAGGGAAUCAUGGCAUGUCACACAUGUCAUGUGUCCUUAAGGGGUUAAAGGGACACUAUAGUCACCAGAACAACUACAGCUUAUUGCAUUUAUUCUGGUGAGUAGAAUAAUUCCCUUCAGGCUUUUUGCUGUAAACACUGUCUUUUCAGAGAAAAUUUAGUGUUUACAUUACAACCUAGUGAUAACUCCACUGGCCACUCUUUGGAUGACUACUAGAGGUGCUUCCUGGGGCAGUGUUGCACACUGGGCAGUACUGCCAUUCAGUGUCCCCACCCUUUGCAUGCAGGCACUGAACUUUCCUCAUAGAGAUGCAUUGAUUCAAUGCAUCUCUAUGAGAAGAUGCUGAUGGGUCAGAGCUGUGUUUGACUUGUGCUGGCUAUGCCCCAUGAUCUGCCUCCUUGACAGUCUCAGCCAAUCCUAUUGUGAAGCAUUGUGAUUGGCUCACAUAAUCACUUCUGGUGAUGUCAGCAGGCAGGUCAGGGGCAGAGACAGCAGCUGCAGACUUGAAUACAAGUAAGAUUUUUAGUGAGGCAAGGAGGGGCCAGGAAUACAUGUUUAUGUUCCUGAUCUUGUAGUGUUCCUUUAAUGUUGUAAAUGAAGCAAAUAGUGUGACUCAUAAAGAGGAAAGUUAUAAUGGCGAAUCUGAAAUGUAAAAAACGAAAUAAUGAAAACCAAGGUAUUCAAUACACCAAAGCCAUGGCUUCUAUACAUUAAUACGUAUUAUGUUAAAGUAUUAUGUUAGUCAAAAGAAUACUAUAGCGUUAGGAAUACAAACAUGUAUGCCUAACAUAGUUUAAAUCUAUAUAUAAUACUGUCCCCCACCCUCCCCCAUCAUGGUGUGAGGGUUGGAAGGGUGAAUUUUACUUCCCAUUCAGCCCUCACUGCACCCGUCUCUGUGGAAAAACUCCACCUCUUUGGCUGAUCUCAUCAGUGUAGGUGAUCUCAUCCAGUCCUGUGCUUUCCAAUAGAAAGGCAUUUGGAGGUUAAUGCGCAUGCACAGCAAAACGCCAUACUGUGCCAAUCUUUAAAACCAUCUGAUUGAAAUAGCACAAUGUUGCUGGUAAUGGUAAUAUGAAAUAUGUAAUGGGGCCUACAGUAUGUGAGUCAGUGUGUGUUAGUUUUUCUGUAUGUGGGUAUUGGUCAGAGUGUGUUUGUGGGUAUGUGUAUCACUGUGUGGGUCAGUGUGGUGAUUGUGUCAGAAUGUGUGUAUGUAGUUAGUGAGGAUUUGGUUUGUAGAGAAUAAAAGUCUGAAUCAAAUUACUUUAAAAAGACAGUCCAUGCACAAUACACACAGCUAGGGAUCGACUGAUAUUGAUUUUUUAGAGCCGAUACCGACAAUCUGUGAACUUUCAGGCCGAUAAUUUACCGAUAUAUUGUACAUUUACCAUUUUGAAAAAAAUAAACUAUUUCUAAAGGUAAAUGCACACAAUAUGCAUGCCACAUGUAGUGGAUGCAAUGUGUUUAGACAGGGGAGCUGUGUGUGUUUGUGUAGUGGAUGCAGUGUGUAUUUGUGUAGUGUGUAUAUAAUGAAUGUAGAAUGUGUUUGUGUAGUGUGUGUGUAUAUAAUGAAUGUAGAAUGUGUUUGUGUAGUGUGUAUAGAGAAUGCAGUGAGUGUUUGUGUAGUGUGUAUAUAAUGAAUGCAGAGUGUCUGUGUAGUGUGUGUCUAUUUAGUGAAAGCAGUGUGUGUAUAGUGAAUGCCGUGUGUGUAGUGUGCGUAAAGUGAAUGCAGUGCUAGUGGUGUGUGUAUAGUGAAUGCAGUGUGUGUGUAGUGUGUGUAUUAUGAAUGCAGAUUGUUUGUGUAGUGUGUGUAUAUGAAUGCAGAUUGUUUGUGUAGUGUGUGUAUAGUGAAUGCAGUGUGUUUGUGUAGUGUGUGUGUGUGUAUAGUGAAUGCAGUGUGUGUAUAUAAUGCAUAAUGUGUGUGUUUGUGUAGUGUGUGUGUAUAUGAAUGCAGAGUGUGUUUUUUUGUGUAGUGUAUGUGUAAAGUGAAUGCAGUGUGUUUGUGUAGUGUGUGUGUGUGUAUAGUGAAUGCAGUGUGUGUAUAUAAUGCAUAAUGUGUGUGUUUGUGUAGUGUGUGUAUAUGAAUGCAGAGUGUGUUUUUUUGUGUAGUGUGUGUGUGUAAAGUGAAUGCAGUGUGUAGUGUGCGUAAAGUGAAUGCAGUGUAUGUACAGUGCGUGUAUAGUGAAUGCAGUGCUAGUAGUGUGUGUGUGUGUGUGUUUGUGUAGUGUGUGUAUAGUGAAUAGAGUGUGUGUGUUUGUGUAGUGUGUGUGUAUAGUAUAUGAAUGCAGAUUGUGAAUGCAGUGUGUUUGUGUAGUGUGUGUGUGUAUAGUGAAUGCAGAAUGCACAAAUUUAAUUUGUGAAAAUGAGUUUAGCAAAAAUCCCUGUCAAUGUCCAGGGCUCUAAGUAAAGGCCCCAAUUUUUGUAACAUAUUUUGUUUAUUUUGUGUCAGGGCAAAUAGAUUGGGUUUAAACUCCCCCGCUCUCUGGAAAAGUAAAUUUACAAAUCAAUAAAAUUCCAUAUCCCGGAGUGUUGUAGCUGCUGUUUUUUAUUGGAAUUAAUAAGCAUCAAUUUACACAUAUUGUGCAUUUUUAUUUCUAGUAUAUUAGAGGAAGCCAAACUUUCUCUGUGCUGCGCUUGUACAGCUUGUUUUUCUUAUCCGACACUGAGCUGCACAUACAUGGUUGGGUGGUUGAAUACCCCUAGGGUCUCUCUCCAACCAUCCAAAUUGUUUUUAAUGUAAAAUACUGAAAAGGGAAAAUAAAAGUGGCAGCAGUAAUAUUUUGGGUUUUGCUAAUUAUUUGUCUGUUUCCUUGUUUAUUAAGCACCAUGUACAGGAUGGACCCUCAGCAAUCUGAUUUGGUCGUUUUCCAAAUUCUCCGACUAAGUCCAGCAAUCAGCUGUCAACAGUUGUAUACAAUAAGCUAGUUGCUUGCAAUGAAUAAGCACUGAGUUCAUUUAUGCAGCUAAAUGAUUGGAAAAGCAAUUGUCUUUUGCCCUAGACGUCACAGCAUCACCCCUGCUGUGCAUAAUUGCCUUAAAAGUGAAAAGCUAGUCUGAUUUAUUUUUUAUUUAUUUUGUAAAAUUUCUGGUUUUAGUAGAAAUUGGUACAAAAUGACAGUUUGUGACUAAGCAUUUAUUUAAAACACACCGUCAGAAAAGCAUUCAUGUAGAUAGAUAAGACGAUCUUGGCUUUCUUGUCCCUGCAUGUCAAGCACUGCUGAUGCAAACCAUUUAUUUUAACUCAAAACUCAGUACACACAUUGCAGUUGCGUUACAGAUUACCAGAUUUGGUGUGCUAAUUAUGGAUUCUGCAUUUUGAGUGGCAGGGUUUGAUAGUACUGUCCAGCAGUAUAUACUUUUACUGUGAUUUCACUGAGCAAGUUGUGACGGUUCCUUUGGAAUCUCAUUAGAAUUAGAUCACUGAGGGUAUUCUCCUAAAGCUAGACUGCACUUUCAGUAUGACCAAAGAAUGCAUAAGCAUUAACCCCUGACGUGUGACAUGUCAUGAUUCCCUUUUAUUCCAGAAGUUUGGUCCUUAAGGGGUUAAGCAAAUAAAUUACUAAACUGAGGCUUGCUGGAACUGACCAGAGAAAUUCAAAUUUUAUGCCAAAGUAGCUGAAUACUAAAACUUUUUCAGUUUCACGAAACUAACUUUAAAACAAAUGUCCAUUAUUUCCCUGUAUGUGUCCCUUACUUUGUUUAGAUUAUUUGAAAAUAAAAAAAUGAAGUGUACCUCUAAUACGGCACAUGGACACACGCUGCUCUUCAGCCACUCCUCCCACUAUGAGUCUAUCAUGUGUAGCGAUCUCUGGUUCAAUCCAGUGCAUCUCAUAAAAAAAUUAUUGCAAACCUAUGGCGCAUGCGCAGAAAAUGCUGUGCCAGUCCAGUACUUAUCUUUAACGAACAAUAGCUGUGUUCGUUGUGUAGUGCUGCUUCUCUUUCUGGCUUCCAAUUUAGGUGUGUUCUAGGAUAAAUGUAAACAGCUUUGGCAAUGCUUUACAUGGCAUUAAAGUAUAGUGGUUUUGAUAAUUAUAGUGUACCUUAAAGCUAUAUUUCCAGAUUAUUUAGUUUUGCUUAAUUUUCCUGCUCUUCAGUCAAUUCUUAAUUUAACGAAUUAACCGGUAUAUUACAGAAGUAGUGUGAAUCUAAGCAAGUAUCCAAAAACUACAUCUCCCAGUUCUUGCCAUCUUGCAUCGAUGGCUGGAGUUGCAUAUAAGAGUUGGCGUUCUAGAGAAAUUGAUUUGCUACAACAUCAUUGCUUCUGACAUAAUGUGUUUAUAGAACAAAAAUAAAACAUGGCACAUCUUUUUACUGACUGCCUCUUUGGCAAAAAAAAAAAAAGUUUACAUACAGACGGGGCACAGAUUGGCUGUAAUUCCAGGCAGAUUUAUUGUGACAUAAAGUGCAAUGCGUCAACAUCCUAAGAGCCUUUGUCAAGCUAAAAUCCAUUAGAGUGCACAGUAUAAAUAGCCAGACAUGUGAUGAUAUAAACAAGUUCACAUGUGUUCAGUGAAAGAGUUAAACACAUACAAAUGCGAGAGCCAACUUUAGAGAACAAUAACCUUUAAUGCUUUGUUCUCGUAAUAAAUUACUUGCUUGAAGCAACUUGUGAUUAUGAUUAAGUUUCAGUGGAGCAGGAGAAAUGGAAGUGCAUUUUCUUCUAAGUAGCACAAAUUGUUUUUAUAUCGGAUAUGCUCAUUCAUAAUCCAGAGGGCAUCUUAAAAAUAUACCAAAGCCUUCAGAAACAUUAUUGUGUAUUUGUUUUUACCUUGUUUGUUUGUGUUCUUUCAAGGUCUUGCUGCAAUUAUAAUAUUGGCGAUUAUGUAUAAAAAGUGCGGUGUUCACUUUUUAGGCUGUUUUGUUACUUGUUGGAGCUUUUCCUCUUUCCAAAUUAUUAUUCCCUUAUUUCUGCCAAAAUAUUCCUAAUUGUGCCACAUGUCAUUUAAGAAGAGCAAAAAACAAGUUGCAAGAGAGUACUGAGAACGGAGAACAGCUCAAUUAGCCUGCCCCUCGGUGGGACCCCACUCGGUUAUCAAGCUGGUUUUAGCUCAACUUGUACCAUUUUCAUAUCAGACUGAUCCCACCCAAUAGGGCAGGACAGAUCCAAAAUGCAGACUGACUCUUUCUGCACAAGAGAUUCAGCAACCCCAUACGAUCGUUUCAAUCUUGUUAGUGAGGUAUAGCCAAUAUCUCUGUAGGCACCGUGAGCAAGGGGUCCAUGUCUGGAUUACCCUUUAAACUUAGGGAGAGCAAAAAACAAGUAUGCAAGAUCUUGCUGGCAUUUUGGAUCUGGACUGCCCUUACAGGUGGGACCAGUCUGAUAUGAUUCAGAUAUGUUCUCUCUGUAAUGGCACAAGUGAGCAAAAACUAUUUUGAGACCUGAGCAGGGAUUUACCGAAGGGCAAGCUAUUUAGUCUCUCUAAGCUGUUGUCAUUCUUUCUUUUUGCUUUAACACGUCAUUUAAUUUUCUCGUUUCAUUUUGAUUCGAUAUGUAGCUCAUUCCCAUUCAAAUCGGCAGGGUCCAAUACAGAAGUUCAUAUCUGCGUAAGUGCUAUAGAAAGAUAAGCGAUAUUACUGCAGAUGCUGUAGACUCUUGUAAUUUGCAGCAAAUGCAGUUAUUUUACAUCUGAGUAUCUUUUCAUUAGUUUCAAUUUAUUUCAUUUUUUUUUUAUAAAUGUAUUCUCACAAUACACUGUUUAAUUUAUUAAAGAAAUACUGAAUCAAGGUCCCUUUAGUAGAACCCAGAGAAGUGACAAUUUUGUGAUGGGCAAGUGAUUCUGGUUUAUGUAAUUGACAGUAGACAACUAAACUAUGUUGACGGGGCAACUCUUGAGAUAGACACUUAGUCCUGCAGCAGUGAGUAAAUAUGUACUCAAAUAACCAUUCAAUAGUCACGGUUUAGUGUCACCAGGCCGAGCCAUUAAACUUGUGACAUGUGGACACCUCAGAUAAGUGCUCCUGCUAUGACUCUACAAGAAUAAAUAUAUUUGAGUGUAAUGUAAAAACUUUUGCAUUUUUUUUGCUUUCCGCUGCUGAAUGGGUGGUAAUAACUUCCAAAAAGACAAAAAUUAUCCUGGGUUUUGACUGGUUAGUGUUUGGAAGGUUUCCGAUUGAAUCUGAGUGAAUUUGAUACUGAAGAGUUAUCCUCAAAAGGAGAGGUGUCAUUCAUGUCUGAUGUUUGUUUAACCCCUUGACAUGUCAUGAUUCCCUUUUAUUCCAGAAGUUUGGUGUUUAAGGGGUCAAACGGUUUUCACUAAAUUAAGAAUUGUUAGGAAUUCAGAGGGAAUUUUAAAUUUAAGGCCAAUAUAGCUGAACUGGAGUUAUAGAUGACUUGGAGAAUUUUUCAAGUUUAACUAAUUCGGAAUUCACUGUGAAUUCCCAACAAAUCUCACUUUGGUAAAUAAAUAAUUCUGUCGGUAAUGAAUGAAUUCACAGUGAUAAUAGACCUCCGCUUGUCUGUUGUGAUUUAAUGUUUUUGUGUUUUGUCAGUUUGCUUUGUAUUGUGUUCUUUCAUCGAUUUAUUCUUUUGUGGGAAUGUUUAUAAGUACUUUAACCCAAAAUCCACUUCUGUUUUGUCCAGCUAUGCUCCAUGGUGUCCUGCGUGCCAACAAAUCUAUGCACAAUGGGAGAAUUUGGGAGAACAAAGCGGCACGCUUGAUAUUAAUGUUGGGAAAGUUGAUGUCACACAAGAACCAGGUAUACUACAGUGAUAGGUAUAUUUGUAUAUAUCGUAUAUUAUUAUUUAUUUAUUUUUAUGAAAAUAAAAAGGAAUCCUUCUUUCUCUCCCAUGUAUCUAUAUUCAUAAAAAACAUGAACGGAACUACCUGACAAAGUUGAAGUAUGCCCUGGAUGUGGAAUAAAACAUAUUCCACAUCUAAGGUAUUCUUCAAGCUUGUCAGUAUGACACAGUGGAUGCACAGCAAUUGCCACGAUACAUUAAUUCAGUGCUUCACUAUGAUUCCAUCAUGGAAUCUAUUUGACACCUGGAAUCAGCAUCCAAAGAGACUCAAUUAUUGAAUUUAUAUCUGUCCAGAGCUACUAGUAGCAGAUUCCCUGACACACAUCAGUAGAUGUGGGAAUACAAAAAUGUGAAGAAAGACAUUGCUUAGAAACCACCCUUUUUACAACAGUAAGGCUACAGGGGCAGCAUCUCUGCCCCCAAAUCACUUCCUUAAGAUGAAGUGAUUGUGGUGCCUAGUGUCCCUUUAAACACAACGUUCUUAGUAAUGAGAGAUACAGGAUCAAAGGAAAUGCCUCUAAAGGGACACUAUAGUCACCAGAACAACUACAGCUUAUUGUAUUUGUUCUGGUGAGUAUAGUCAGUCUCUUCAGGCUUUUUACAGUAAACACUGUCUUUUCAGAGAAAAGGCAGUGUUUACAUUACAGCCUAGGGACACCUCCAGUGGCCCUUCCUCAGAUGGCUGCUAGAGGUUCUUCCUGGGAGAAUGCUGCACACUGUGCAUGGAGACACUGAACGUUCCUCGUGAAGAUGCAUUGAUUCAAUGCAUCUCCAUGAGGAGAUGCUGAUUGGCCAGGGCUCUGUUUGGCCUGUGCUGACUCUGCCCCUAAUCUGCCUUCUUGACAGUCUCAGCCAAUCCAGUGAUUUUCUAUGGGAAAGUAUUGUGAUCAGAUUACCACUUCUGAUGAUGUCAGCCAAGAAGACAGAUCAGGGACAGAUUCAGCACCUGCAGACUGGAAUAAAGGUAAGGUUUUACUAUAUUUAGGGAGGUAAAAGGGAUCAGGGGGGCUCGAUAGUGAUUUUAGCACUAUAUGGUCAGGAAUACAUGUUUGUGUUCCUGACCCUAUAAUGUUCCUUUAAUGUGAAUAUAUGAUCGUACUCAUCUCAUAAAUAAAUGGUAAACAUGAUUAGUUUAAUGAAGGCUGCAGUAAAUGAGGACUCAGCUAUGUCAUUCAGUGAUUACAUUUUUUUUGUCUCUAUCACUUAUGCCAUAUGCUUUUAUUCCCAAACUCCUAUUCUGAUCGUAGUAUUGACUCUGUCAGAAGAACAUGUACGUGGUUACUUUUUAAAUCAGUUUUUUGUGACAUUUCUAGUCCUUUCCUCGCACAAUUACUCCAUCCCAGCUCAAAACCUUAAUUUCGCCCUUCCUCUUUUUUUUUUUUUUUUAAAUUUCCUUUUCUUUUUCUUUAGUCCCCUCCUUGACUUAUUCUUUCCUUGUGUUCAUAGUCUAUAGGUUUUCGUAUAGGUACUUGUGAUUUUGUUUCACUUACUCUGCUUAUUGAUGAAGAUUUACAUAGCAAUUAUGUAAUAACCAAGACUUACACGCCCAUUCCUUUUUUUUUUAUAGUAGAAUAACCAUCAAAAAUGCAAUCUGCUUUAUAAGUAGCCUUAGAUAUAGGCAGCAAUUAGUUCCACCAGUGGCCUGAUCGGAAAAAAAAGUCUUCCCUAUAGUCUUUCCCUAGCAUGCACGGAAGUUCCACUAGCUGUUACCUUUCCAUUAAAAGCACUUAAAGACAUCUAUUACAACAGACAAGCUUUUCCAUUUGAAUCAGAACAUUUAAAGCUGUGUGUAGUCCUCUAACAGGCAGACCUUUAUAGUUUGCUGUUUCUUGUAUAUAUUAUUUAUAUUGUGAAUAUCAAUCUCUUUUCUUUUUGUUUGUUUUUAUGUUGUACCUAUCUUUACCUUUUCAUUUUGUAUUAAUAUUAAACCAAGGAGCAUAAGUGAUACAACAUAUAUCUUUUAAAAUGAUCUGGUAAUCCUCUAAUCAUUAUGCUUGAUCAUUAGUAUCGGUAAUCAAAUAUAGGUAAUCCCCCUCCUUAUUCACCCUUAAAAAAAUUGUAUCUCUAAAGCAGAGAGAUAAUCAUUGAGAUUGUAAACAUAUAUAACUAAUAUGUAAUGUGUCUCUGUGUGUGUGUGUGCUUAAUGUAUAUUUCUAUAUAAUACAUAAAAAGUGUCAUCCAGCUUGGAUUAGAUCUUUUUGACCUUGGGGAAUUUGGACUGAUUCUACUUGUUGCCCACGCUAUGAGUUCUGAGAACCUCUAAGAGCAGCAGAGGUCUAUAGGAAUCCUAUAUUUUUGCUUUUUAACGUUUCUAUACAUUGUAUAUUUAUGCUACACCAAUGGUUUAGAAUAAGUUUCCCCUUUUUCUGAAAAAUCUUUGAAUAAGUUAUGAAAAACAUGUGGACUGGGAAUUGAGUGCUCCCGGGAAGACUUUUAAAAGUGUAUUGUAACUGAUGUGUUGAGAAAAACUGUAGUGUGAUUUGAAAAGGAAAUUCAGACAGAAGAUAAGAUGUGGGGAACAUCGUAAACAGUGUGUGAGAAAUUUCAAAAAAGGUUAAUAAUCUUUGAUGCUGACUUUCCAUUUAUUUUAUCACACCAUGAUUUGCAAGAGGGGUGGGGGGGAGGCCUCUAGAGUAGAACAUUGUUCUUUCAUUGCAAAGUAGCAGGGUUUUGAUACAUUUAGUCCUGGAAAUGUAUUUUUUUGAAGACAACAGACUUGUUCUCACUGUAACAAAAGUAUUUGCCUUCAAUUAUAAGGACAGUGUGGGAAACCAAACCACUGUCUCUCAUUGUGGGGGUUAUGUUGCUAAUACUCUAUGGGCUCUGUCCCUUGAUUUUUGGCAAAUCCUUUAGGAGUGGUUUGUCGAAACGUGUGACUUUUCAACACCUGGAUUCCACCUCUGUUCUCAGCUGCAUAGAUAAUAUGGACUUUACACUUCCACAUUUUCAAUGUCUAUUGGGAAAUCGAGCAACGGACAUAAUUAGCUGAGAGUGCUAACCUAUCAUGUAGCUAAGGGAACUCAUCCCUUCCCGUCCUGGGAUAUAAAGAUAUGUAGUAUAGAACUCUAAUAAGAGAGAGACACAUUAGCUUUACUGCUUCAAAGUAACACAAAUUACUAAACCUUUGAAAACCACCUGUAACCUUUGUUAAUCUUGCUCAUGUUGUAUGCUAUUUUCUUUUAAAUGUAUAUGAAGGUGCAGUGGACAUGGUAUUUGGAAUGUCCUGGCACCCUCCCACAGUAUGUAGCCAAGCUGUCUUAGAAUGGUAUGACAACUUACCUGGGUGCCUCCGGUUGCCUGAGCCGCAGCCCUGCAUCUGGAUUCACCUUACUGGGGAAACCAGGUAACUCUAUACAGAAAAGCAGGGCCGUGCAUAGCAGGGUUCAUUGGCUGAAAGCAUCAACUGAGCUGUUCUAGCCAAUCCGUGUGGUCCUCAAUCGAACCUGCUUAGAUCAGUGGAAAAAUCCAGCAUCUCUUGAGAAAGGGGUCCAGUGUGAAGGACCGAGAUGGGUUGUCAAACCGUUUUUAAAAGUUUAGUCUGGGAGGGUGCCAGCACACUCAUGGCCCCAUAACCACUACAGCUCCCGUGAUUUAGCAAUUGACAUCACAAUCUAGCUCGUUUCUGGCACAGCCAAAGGACCUCAUUGCAUUGAAGGAUGAAACACAAAGACAUUGUGUUUCUCUUCGCUCUCUAUGCUGACGGAAGCGAACAAGGCUGUAUAAAAUAAAAAGUUAUUUUUUCAAAGAAUCUUGGCAUGCAUUCUUAUACCCACUAAAUUAAACACACACAGCAUGCUGAUCUAGGGAAAGUGAAAUUGUUUGUAUCAACAAAGGAGUUAUUUUGUCUCGGUAAAGUCACCUUGGCAAGGUGUUCUACUGAGCAUAUGUUUUAUUUUAAUCCUCAAAAGUAUAAGGCUUAAACCACUAAAAAGGUUUUAGUGUUCUCUUGUUUAUUUUCUGUUCAGUUUGUAGAUUAUAUUUUUUCACAAAGCAUAACAUAAAAAAAUUUAAUAUAUUUGUUGGGAAAACACAAAAGUCUGCAGGGCUGUCUAACCUUGUGCAUUUCUCUUUGUCUGUGUUUUAGAAAGAGAAAGAUUUAGAUAUGUAUGUGAAGCACAAAUAUGAUUGAUUAUUCCCAUAACACAUACUUCAGUAUUUCAUAUCUCUUAUAUUACAUUAUAUUCAGGGCAAAAAAUGGGCUUAGUAGAAGGGUUGGGGUACCUUCAAUCUUGAGGAAGCAACGGGAUAUCGAUGGACAAAAGCAAUUGGCCUUAAUUAAGCCUGUAUCAUUUUGUGGUAUAUCAGAAGAGAAACUGGGGAAACAUCUACUCAACCUUUCGACCAGUAUAUCCAUUUUUGAGGAGGGAAUUAAUAACCAAAUUAAUGACUGCUGCUGGCUCCUAGGACAUGUGAUAUCAAGUACCAGCUGCUAUAAUGGGCAAGAAGAAAAUGUUUUAGAGUGCAGGAGAAUUAAGUUGUAGAAUUCUGCAAAACAUUUAUUUUUAUUUGCUACACGUUUUACUUUUAAUUAUUUUAGUUUAUUUUUUUUUAUUAUUGAGUGCAUAGCUUGAAAACACCUAUUGUAGAUGUAUUGUGGUAUUUGUAUGCUUUCUACCCAGUAAUUUUAAGGUAAUCCUAGCCUUACUUGUUAUAGGUAUUUAGUGUGCCAUUUUAUUGAUUAUUUAUGUAAUCGUGUGUGCUUUUUAUCCGUUUACCCCUGCAACCCUAAGUUUAUUUUCUUUUACAGGGCUGAGUGGGCGUUUUUUCGUCACAACGCUUCCAUCUAUUUUUCAGUAAGUUAUGAUUUUUUUUUUAAAUACAUCUCUUUAUAUUAAUGUGUUCUGUCACAUUUGAGUAUUUCAUUAAGUUCAAAUAUUUGUUAAAAUACGCAUACUAUAUUAGUUAGAAAUUCAUUGAAAUUCCAACGCAACCAAUAUAUCUUAAAGCAAACGUAACAAAAACAAGCUUCCAAGUUUCAUUAAUAUAAAUAGCACCGAACCACUUCAGCCUAAUAUAGUGGUUCUUUUUUGUAGACCUUACCUUGUGUUGCAGACUCAUGCAUACCAAUGGAACACUGAUAUGGGCUCCAGACAGAUGAAACACCAGGAGCUUAAUACAGAUCCCUCUAGAAAGAAUAUGAUUUAUGAAUAUGACUAUGAUUGAUUAAGAUUUAUGUAACUUCUCAUCUGUGUAACUCCCAGUGCCAAGGAUGGAGUGUUUCGGAGGUAUCACGGCUCUCGUAUCUUUGAGGACCUUCAGUCCUUCAUCAAAGAGGAGAAAUGGAAGCUGGUGGAACCCAUUGGUUGUUGGAAGUCCCCAUCCUCCAUUUUGUAAGUUUUUUUUCUUUGUUGACAUGGGAAUGGAAUUUGUUGAGAGUGGCCUUGCAUGGAGACAUUUACCUAGGCAGGGCAAGCCUACCUAAUCACACCAACAUGCUGGCUUCAGUGCCAGUGCAUUGGCAUUAGAUUGUCUUUAUAUUCCCUUUGCAACCCUGAGUAACAAUUGCUGGGGGGGGAUAUAAUUGUAACAGAAUAGGACGACCACCUGUGGGAGUGUAUUCCACUGUCACUCGAUUAGAUGAGAGAGGGGCCACAUUUUUAUAGAGCAUUAAAUUGGAAUCUUUAUUUUCUAGCCGUUCUGCUAGCACAAAGUAUGUAUAAAUAUAAUGCUCUUUCACAUUGAUACAUGCUUGUUUUCAUUACUAGCUUCAUAAAUAAAGAAUUGGGGGAGGAGGAGUUCUGUUUACCGAGACAGGUACACAUUAACCCCUUCACCACUAAGAAUGUUUUGAUUUCAAAAUAUUAGUAUAACAUGUAUUUGAAGCAAGGGGUGCAUAGCUAGCAUAUAAACAUAUCCUAAAAAAACAUAGGUUGCUUUGCAGACAAACGUAACAAUUGAAAUUAUGUCAGUUUACACCAACUUUAUUUUUCACUUAUUCGUUCAGCCUUCUUAAAGGACCACUAUAGUGCAAGGAAAACAUACUAGUUUUCCUGGCACUAUAGUGCCCUGAGGGUGCCCCCACCCUCAGGGUCCCCUUCCCCCCAGGCUCUGGGGAGAGGAAGGGGUUACAAUCUUACCUUUAUCCAGCGCCAGGUGGGGAGCUCUCCUCCUCCUCUCCUCCUCCAUAGUGACGUCAUCGGCUGAAUGCUCAUGCGCGGCAGGAGCCGCGCGCGCAUUGAGCCAGUUCAUAGGAAAGCAUUUACAAUUCUUUCCUAUGGACGCUGGCGCCUUCUCACUGGGAUUUUCACAGUGAGAAGCACGCAAGCGCCUCUAGCGGCUGUCAAGAGACAGCCACUAGAGGCUGGAUUAACCCUAUUAUAAACAUAGCAGUUUCUCUGAAACUGCUAUGUUUAUAAAAAAAAAAGGGUUAACCCUAGAUUGACCUGGCACCCAGACUACUUCAUUAAUCUGAAGUGGUCUGGGUGCCUAUAGUGGUCCUUUAAAGAUAUUUGGAAAAUGGACAGCUUUAGAUAGGAUACAGUGUCCUUGAUCUUGCAGUGUCAAAAAUAGAUGACUAAAAACAGUCAAAUGUCUUGCUUGAAAGUAUUUAAAAGGAUCCUGAAGGCAUUACUAGCAGUGCAACUUACUGAAAUAAAGCAAUCUUUUUAACGCUCUGGAAUUCUAAUGUAACAGGUAAAUAAAUGGUAGUCCACUCACUGCCCACUCUUCCCUGACUGAAGGGACGCUAUGACUCAUAACCAUAUAAAUGGAGGUCAGUGAGUGAGGCAAUAUGAUCUAAAUUUCAUUCUGCAAAACACAUGAAAUUAAACAUGUUUAUACUUGAUUCUGGUAGUGAAGUGGUCAAUGCUCUAUCAGUUAACAUGGGGAAACAUUUUACUCCGCAAUUGCUAUCUUAAAUAAUAUUUAAAGCUGUACAAGCCCUAAAUAAGUUAUCCCCUUAAAGACCCCUGACGGAAAUAUUCUUCUGAAGCUGUGCCCUUAAGGGGUUAAAUAUGCUCCCACAAUGCUUUCUCCGUGGUAUUUUUUUCUAACAUGCACACAUGGCUUGUGUUUGCUUGUGAAGUAGUUUAAUCCUUUUUUUUUUUUUUUUCAAUGAAUGAAACCUCUCACAACUUGUAAACUGCAUCAUAAAUACCUUCUGGGCAGGAUAAAUUGGAUAUAUGCAGCUAUGAUAUUUAACAAACAAAAGAAAAUAGGACAAUGGUUGACUGAGUAAACUAAGCCUGUUCUAAGUCUGAUCACUGGUUUUAACUCCUUAGCACAGACUCCAAAUUGUGGUUCCAACUAUUUUAUUGUACCCCUUGUGGUUGUAACAAGCUCAUAGUGUUGACCAUGUUUUAGGAAGCUGCCUACAAUAAAUGAUCUGUCUCAACACUCCCUUCCCCAGUACAAUGGUGAUCUUUUACAUUGGGAAGAGUCGACUUACUCUUCCAUUAAAAUUGUUACAAUGUAAGAUGGCAUUGAGAGAUUUCAAAAUCUGUUCCGCAGACAUCACCAAAAACAAACUUAAAAAAAAAAAAAAAAGUGGUUGUUGAGCUUCCCCAGUUUAAGUUGUCAUGAUGGAGGCAGACCUAUGGUACCUCAUUCUGCCAUGUUUUUUUUUUUUUUCUUUUUCCUUCUUGAAAAUCUACAAAGAUUUUAACAUGCAAAAUUAUUUUGUCGAGCAUGUUAAUGAGCAAAAGUCCAAAAUAUACAUUACAGUUGUGUUGGUGUCCCUUUAAAUUAUUUCCAUGCAGCUCUAGCAGUUUGUAAAUUUGAUAUUUAUGUUUAUUGAUUGCAUAUAUGUAUACAUAUUUUUAAUACCAGCCUCUACUAUUCUAGGAUGUCUGGGAUGGCUGGUCUUUUUCAGCUCUCCGGAUGGAUCCGGGUAAGUGACACUACAUUAAUCUAUUCUGGUGGUGAAUAUUGAAUUUUUAGCAUUGAUCAGAAGCUAUAUUUAAAUAUGCAUUGCUGUCGGUCAGCCAUGUGUUCAAUAUAUCUAUUAAUAUGUAUCUUUAAUUGUAAGGUUCUUUGUGGAAUAAGUUUAACUGCUUAUUCUUUACUGUAAUAACUAUAAAUUACCAUGUCAUGAUAAAAAAAAUGGUAUUCAGAAACAUUGUUAAAACAUACUUUAUAUUACUUCCCCAGUACGUUGUCCAUUGCUUUCACUCAGUGGAUUGUAACACUAAAUUAAAAUUGACUGCUUUAAAAGCAUUUAUUGCUUUAUUCCUUGCAUCUAAAUGGUCCUUAAUUUAAAAAUGUUUUAUGAUAAUUGCCACGUUUUUUUUUUUUUUUUAAUAUAUAUGUUUGUUUGUGAUGGGGUUAGUUUUCACAUCUAGUCUUACAGGGUUACUAUAACCCUUUUGAGAGGGAGGGCCUUUCUUGCUGAAUAUGCCAUAGUGGGUUUUACUCCAUCUUCCGCGAUCCCUCCUGACAUUACUGGGGAUGUUUUUCAGAAAGAAACCUAUAAAUGGAUAAUUUCGCCAGCUCAGAGUGCGUGUGCGAGCUACAGGCUGGAGAGGGCAAGGAGGGAGUGCAGAGAAUGGAGGGGAUUAAAAAAAAUUGUUCCCCUGCAAGGAAAAUAUUUUCAGGUCUGUCAGCGUGCAGUUCAGAAGAUGUAAAUUACGCACAGAAUUGACAUUAGGCAGCCUUAAACAAAGCUCUGGGAUGCCAUUGUCGCGUGUUUUGUGGUUGCAAUUAGUACCUUGCGCACAAUUACAAAAUAUUUAGUUUCCAGCAGAAACACUGCACUGCACCGCACAUACGGACUCCUACCACUGUGACCAUAACAUUUUAAAACACUUUCUUUAUAUCUCCAUAGUUUACUCUUCAAAAUCUCAAGACAUUUGUAAUGUCAUUUUGUAACUAUCUGUCUCGUGUUUGUUUAUAGAAUCUAUUUUAGUCGACUUUAUCAUUCUAGCAAUACUGCUUGAGACAAAUAUUUUCUUUUUUCAAAAGAAUAAAUAUAUAUAUAUAUAUAUAUAUAUAUAUAUAUAUAUAAAAAAUUAAUAUAGAAAUGGGAAGCGCUGAGUGUAGGACAUCAGAAAGCAUUAUACCCAGUGUAGAUCAAACAUUUAUUAUUAAAGAACAAAAAACAAGAACUAAACUUUUUUUUGAUUUGAUUUAUUAUUUAAUGACAUUCAAUUUUCUUUUUUUUAAAUUGCCUUAAAUCAUACUGAUGCCAACUGCGCCAUCUGCUGUUCAUUAAUUCUAACCGUUUAGCCCGAUUCAUUGUCCCUGUUAGCGUGACCAAGGUAUAAAUAUAUUGCCCUGACCUUGACAUAUCUGUUGGUUUGCAAAUAGUUUGCGGAGAAUGCCAUACCAUUAAAUCUAGAGACUUUUGAUCAGACCACUGUGUAUUAGUUUGACAUUUUUAUAGCAUAUGUCACGUGUAUGUUUGUUGUAGUUACUUUCAGCAAUUGUAGCAAUGUUUAAGUGUAGCUCACCAAGAAAGAGAGUUUAUUUUCAGCAUUUAUUUAUUUUUUAACUUAAAUAUCAUUUUAUUUACAAUAAUAUCUUAUUUAUUUUUUAAUUUCUGUUUUCUAUUACAAGUAAUUAUAUGAAAUAACCAUAAGAUUGUUGCUUAUGUUUUGCCAUUUUUUUUGGGGGGUGAAAAAAAUAAAAUAAAAAUUCAACCCCUAUCUUUUAGUACAUUUAGCAGCACGAUGUCUCUAGGCAAUUUCCAUAUGCUUAUUGUUCUUACUGUAAAAAAGACAUUCUUCUUCGGUAGAUCAAAUCCUCAUUUCUCUGUAUCUCAGCAGAUGUCAUUUAAAGCAGAACUGUCAAGAUGGAGAUAUUUGCACAAUCCAAUAGCUUAAUGAAUGGUAGCUGUGGAUUGCAAGCUACCUCUAUACAACAGCUUGUGCUGAUAAUGUGGAAGUUAAAUUUGUUCGUUAUGACGUUACAAACUAAGGGAGUGGGCUUCGGAUGUAAGGAAUCCUUUCAGGUUGAAAUUGCGUUCUUUCUGAUUUUAAAAACCCUUUAGAAUUCAAGUACAAGCAUUCCAUCUGAUUAGUCUCUCUUUCUUUUUGUAUUGCGUUAUUUUGUGUGGAGCAGCGUUAAAUAAAUUGGCAAACUUUAGUUUACAACGAAUGAAACACCCUAAAUCCAUAAUUUUACUCACUUCAUUGUAGAAUGGUAGCGUAGCAGGCCCUAAGUAAAACCAUGUUGACUCCAAUAAUCACCAUGUUCAAAAUGCGCUUCCCUCAAUUUCCAGGUGUGAUUUUCUGCCAACUUUAAAUUUAGCUACGCAUCUUUCUUACACCGAUCCUAGAAGAUAAAAAGUAAUGGUAUGUUUUUGUUACUAUAUCAAGCUCCCUAAGUACCUGUGAUUGUGUAACGUGUCUGGUGCUUUGGCUUUGUCUACUUUUAAUUGUAUUUACUCUUUAGAUUCACCCAGUCGCAUGUGGUGUAAUGUUCUUCACAAUAAUUAUCAGGAUUGCAAAGUAUUUUAGGGAGGCUUACCUGAUGAUCGUUUGUGAAGUUGUGACGGACAAUGUGAAUAUAGGGGUUAUUUGAAAGAGCUGUUGUGGGAUAAGUGGUGAUAUAUUGUGAUCCAUACCAUUGGUUUUCAUGAUGUGGAACUUCUUUUAGAACUUCGCCCUACAUUUGCUCUUUAUAAAUAUCCUCUUACUGUUAGCCUUGUUUACAUAUUGCAAUAUACUACACUACAUUUUUAUUUUGCUUCCAAGGAAUCUCCGUGGAUUAUGGUAGCACGUUCUGUGGAAAGAGAAAUUAAAAUUGGUUUGGACCAGCAGGGGUUUUUAUCUCUAACACAACAGCAAUCAAUCUGAAGGGAGCUUUUGAUGGGAUCGAUUUUUUGAAAUCAAACAUAUUGAUUUUCUAAUUGAAUGAACUAAGCCCUAAAGCAGCUCUAUAUACUUGGCUCAGUGGCCCAGUCUAACUGUGUGUCAGAAACCAGAGGAAGCAAACAAAAAAAGAGAUACAAUUGUCAUCAAAGUUUAUUGUCCUAAGGGUGUCCAUUAAUCAAUAGUUUAUCUUUGUCAGUGACCUUCAAUGUUUCCAUUACAAUACAGCAAUUAUAUUGUUAUUUUAGUAUUGUUCAGUACAUUUUUUUGUGAGAGAGAUGUUUUUUGUUGUUUUUUUUAAACAAUGUAUUUUUUUUUUUUUUUUUAGCAAACAAUGAAUUCCCUGUGAGGUUUUUAAGAUAUGCAUGAAAUACUUUUCUCUGCUAUCCAAAAAUGGAGCUCCGACCUCCGAGCCUGUCUCAUUUUUAGCCGAACAGUUACAAGGCUGUGUCUUUAGGGACAUUAUUAAAAGUCUUCUCAGCCACAUUCAUUUCAAUUACGUAAGGAUUCGAAAAAGCUAUUUUCUUUCCUUUUGUAGAUGUAAUAUGCAUCAAACUUCUCGUUUUUGUCAAAAGAUAAGAAAUGGGUUAUUGUAAUUGAGUGGAGUGGGCGGUACAGUGGUCUGUUCAACUGAAAAGAUUAAGAUUUGACGGCUAAAAACAAUAGAAAAUUGCAUCAACUACAGACACAGAAUAGUAAAUUAGAUUAUUCUAAUGCUCUAAGCAUCUCCUUCGCUAUGGUUUUUGCUAAGUACUUCCUAAUUUGAUAUCAGAUAAGCAGUACUCCUUUUUAAAGCACCUUUAAAUCAAGUCCCCAGAUGUAUGGGUAAAUGUAACAGUUUUCCAAUUGUGUUUCUUUAUCUGCUAUUUGCUUAUAGCAUCAAAUUCAAUAAUUGGUAAAUGUAAAGAUUAUGAUAUGGGAACACUCACAUCAUGGCUUAUGGACUCACGAUAGUCUUCUGCAUAAUUCUAGUCUAGAACUCUAAUAGAAAACGUUCUCGAUUAAACAAUAGCCAGUGUGUGUGUUUUAUAUACAUAUAUAGAUAUAUAUUUCUUUAUUUGCUAAUUGUUCUUUUAAAUAAGUGUUGUAUCUAGUUCUUUGCACCAAUCAAGGUGUAUUUCCUAAAUGGACAUGUUAAACCGUGGCUGGGCAUUUAAACUAUAAAUACUUGGAUUUAGCUAAUGGUCCGUGUUAGCCUGGUUACAUGAAAGCAUGCUGAAAGGCAGACACACUGACUGGCCCUGUGGUAGACAGCCCAUUCUCAGACUGUUUUUGAAGCAGUAGUAUGUGCUGUGUAAGCUGAUCUUGUGAUGUGCCCUUGCUGGGUUUCUGGGAACAUUGUGUCUGGUUCCCCAUGAAGUGGACUAAAAAUGGGAUAGAGUGACAGGACACCAAAAUCAUGCCCUGCUAAAUUCGGGACAGUUGGGAGGUUUGAAUAAAUGACUGGUCAUUUGAGUUACAUGUUGCUAGUGACUGACUUGUACAUUAUAAAGAGAAUUGUUGCAUGUAGUUGGCUGAGAUAGUUAAUAGAAAGUGAGCAGUUGGUAUGCGUUGCUAAUUAUUUGCGCAAACGUUGUUUUCAAGACGCAUUGAGACCUAUUGUCAUGUGCAUCACUUUUAGCUAUGCUGAUUGUUUACAUGUCCUCUGUAUGAUGACCUUGGCUGGCAGAGCCAACCGUAACAGCUGUAAUGCCAAAGGUUAGCCAUCACCAGUACAAAACACAUCUUCUCUGCCAGUCUGACAGGCGUAAAGUGCCGUGAUAGAAGUGUAGUCAUUGAACCGUAGGCUGUGAUAGGAAAGCGCUGUAUUCUCACGGUGUUCCUUGUAAUCUAUAUAUGGCAAACAAACAAUGCAAAGCAUGAAUAUGCACACGCACAUAUAAAAAUCACGCACACGGCAAGAUCAAACUCUAUUCUUAACUAUGCGAGAUAAAGUGUCUUCUUGCAUAGCUUCUGGUCUGAUUUACUUGGCUGGAAAACAAAAAGCUAAAAUGCAAUUAUAUGUACACUCAGAACCAGGAACUGCCACCUUAGACGUAAGGAAUAUGCAUUUUUCAGUUUUUCAAUGAACAGACAGGGUUAAUGGAUAAAAUGUUAUAUAUCAUAAAUUUUGAGGUGUAUUCAUAUUUUAGGCAACAUUGACGAAGCUGAACCCAAAGCUGACAAUUCAGCUAUUUUGGUCUAAAACUUGAAGUUUGUAUUGCCAACAAUUCACAAUUUAUUGAAUAACCUUUGUCUAGUAAUUUCGUGAGGCAGCCACCAUAUGGUAUUUUGAGUUUUCUUUGGUUGCCACAGGAUAAAAUAACCCAAGAAUCAUAUCAAUGGACUCCAAUCUUAAUGCCUGUUGCCUCUUUCGUCGUUACUCUCCAGUCUUUGUUGUUCUUACUUACCCCUCCUCCCUCCCUGACUUUCUCCAUCUCUGUCUUUCUCUUAUUUAAUGGCCACACUGAGAUUUACAGUAAUGCAUGUUUCAUAAACCAUUGAUAUGUCAGAGCUGUCACAAUAACUGAUUAGCAUAACUGGGGUCCUGAAGGGGUUAAACACGCACACAUUGAUCAGUGGAAUAAAGCACCUUGAGCAUUUUGUUAUCGACUAGAUUAUGUGCUCUUUCUCGUCACAGUUGAAUGUUGCUGACUUAUAAGAAAUGCUAUUAAAUGGAAACCUUUGAUUCUCUCGGCCCACACAAUGAAUGGCUCUUGUAUACAUUUUUGUCCCUCGUGGCUUUGUAAAGGUUGGCUCAGUAGUCAAUAAUAUUGUAUUUUAUUUAAUAGGUGGUUCUAUUGAUUGCAUUUUAAUAAAGCCCAUUGCUGCUCACAUCUUUUGGUGAAUUUUAUUUAUUUAUUCUGCAGAGACUAUUUUUCCCUGUUAUAUGUUGUAUGCAGGUUUUCUUUAGAAAUGCUGCAGCAUUGUCACCGAGCUUUCUGAGAUUUGCUCUUACUUCAUGAAAAUGUUUGCACUUUCAUAGAUUGCUGUUUGUAAGGAUUGCCGUCACUAACAAACCUCUUUGCAGCUAUACGCCGUUUCCGAUACGAACAUAUGUCAGAGAGGCAGGGCGCUUUAUAAAUAAUGAGAAUGCUAGGAUUAGUUACGCCGUUUUGGACACUUCCUAGCAAUGAGAUGUCUCACUUAGGAAGCUGUGAGGAUUUGCAAUAAAUAAAAGUUCAGAGGUGUGUGUGCUAAUUGUUGGUUUCAAGUGAUUUUAUUCUUUAUAAUGUAUUACAAAUGGCAGUCAUCUCUCCCAUAUUCUAACAAAGGGCUAUAUUCUGUUAGCGGAUAAAGUAUAUCUCUAGUAGUUAAAUAGCGAUUUAUUACUGCCUAUUGGAUGCAGGUUUUUCUAAUUCCUGUUAUGUCAAUUGCGAAAGGCUGACAACAAAAACUCUCAGAAUGUCCAAUGUCAAGGAGAGUCUGCGGAUUAAUAAAUAUCUCUACCCUAGUUCCUUUUUUAACCUUUUUUUUUUUUUUUUUUUUUCAGCUGUGAAAUUAAGUUGUAUUUUAGGGCAAAUUUAUUGCCCAGUUUCCUAUAGUGAAUAUCCAAUUUUUGAUUUUGAAUUAUAUUUUUGGAUUUCAAUGUUGCCAUUCAUGGUGUAUUCUGUAAAUAAUCCUUUUAGUUCACGGCUCUCUGUUGGGUUGCAGUAGAUAUGCCUCGGUUAUUUUACCUGCCAGCUAGCCGGCGUAGUGCCAGAUUGUUGUUCCUUGGGGUCAGUCCUGCUAUUCUGGAGUUAUGCAUUCUAGUGUUUUGCUUCUGUGGGACUCUUGGGGAGAAAUAGCUUAAACCGACAUUGUCAUGCCCGCAUCUGUUUGUUUUUUAACCCCCCUCUAAUUGCCCCCAUAGUCACCCCCAAAUGCCCCCUAAACCUACCGUAUUACCUAUUUUUAAAUCUUUAUUUUGUGCCCCGACCUAGGUCCUGGGCGCCGCCAUCUUUGUGUGGGCAGAUGAAGGCCCUGUGGGACACGUCAUAUGCACACACAAGAUAGCGCUGGGAAAUUUCCACGCAUGCCCAGUUAAACACUUGGGCAUUCGCUAUUGUCCGAAAUUCGGACGUGAAUUUUGUCCAUUCAUUUGUGAGAAUGACUAUUGAAUAGAAAUUUCAGACAAACAAACACCGAGUGUCGAUGUUCGUUUGUUCAGUUUAUUACAAGGAGGGAGCUACCGGCUGUAAUAUGUAAAAAUAGAAGAGGCAGCUGUGCUCCCCACCACUUCAUAAACCUCCCAUGUUCUCCUUCACUCUAUGGGGGUCAAUAUGACCCUCGUAUUAGCAUAAGGGAGAUUGAAAUGGGCAUGUCUAUUAAACAGUGAGCUCACUGUUACUCUUCCCCCCAAUAAAUGGCCCUCAUGGUGGGGCGUCUAUUAACUAGCGUGGGGGGACAUAGUGUCCCUCCGUGCCCCGACUCGUGCCCUGCGAGUGGGAGCUAUUCAACUACCCAUGAGCGGCGGGUAGGUGCCAUAAAAGACAAUGGGGGGAACCUAUUGUUUCCCUCCCUGGCCCCCACCCAUGGAUGACGAGUGGGGGCUAAAUGACAAAAUACCGCCCCCUCAGGUGACAUGGGGUCCCCAAGCCUCUAGUCACCCCCACAACCAAAAAAACAUAAAAUAAAGCCCUACCUUCCCCCCUCACCCGAAAAAUUGUGAAGGGGACAAUAAAACCAAAUACCUGUAAAAAAAUAAAAAUACAAAAAAAAACUUACCAUUUAAUGUCGUCUUUUUUCUAAAACCUUAUUUUUUAGCCCCAAAAAAGGCCAAAUUAAAAUCCUUUUGAGCCAGACGAACUUCUAAAAUAAAGACCCGAGCGCCCCCCCAAAAAAAUGGUGAAAAAAAAAAUCCAGAUACUUAAACAAAAUAAUACAUCAGACUAAGCUCCGCAGGGAGGGGAAAGACUUAUAAAGCCUUCCUACGCCCUGCAAUUUGACUCAGAGCGCUCUGAUUGGUUGGUUUAAACCAACCAAUAAGAAUGCUCUGAUAGGUAAAUAGUGAGCCUUACCUGAUUGGUUACCUGCUAGUUAAUAAUGCCCCACCAUGGGACCAUUUAUGAGAAGGGGGGGGGGGGUUUACAGUGCAGUGCUCACUGUUUACUAGACAUGCCCCUACUCGCGAUAUAGCAAGUAGGAACAGAUUAAUUACUAAUACAAAGUCAUUUUUGCUUCGGAUUAGCAAAGUUGGCUGAAAGACCAAUCUUUUGGCAGAUAGCUCCCUAAUUUCCACAGUAUUAAGGGUCUAUCUACUAAACGGCUGCAAGAUGCAGCCGCUGCACGGAUCGGAAUUUCCAUCGAAUGUUGCCCUAGCAUGAAUGAACAAACUGUUCUCAUUCUGUUAGGGCGAAAUUCGGUAGUUUCGCAGAUGUCCUGUCUAAAUGACAGGACGUUCGGGAAUAGUAAGAGGCAUCGCUAGAUCACGGAGGAAAGGGUGAGUAUUGUGGGAAUAUUUCUCUGACCCACAGGAAGUGGGUCAGAGCGGGUCAAGCAUAGGAAAAAUACAUUAGACAAAGUAGUCACUACUUUGUCUUAUUUUAUAAAAAAAAAACUAGAUUAGAUAGGAAGAAACGGAGAACAGAUCCUGAGAGAGGGAGAGAAGAGGAAGAGAUUAGGUAAGUUCGGCAUGAUAGUGCCGCUUUAUGGGACAACUGUUUUAAAAUUUUAACUUCUCGUUUGUAAAAAAAAAAGUUAAUUGCAUUUAAUGAAACGUAAUGAUAUAUUAUUAAAUGAUGUAUAUUGAUUUUUAUUUUUUUUUAGGCAAGAUAGGUAGAGCAGCAGUUGGCCAGAUAAGUGUCUGACCCAACAUGGCUGCUCAGCCAGAUAAAAAAAAUAAAUAAAAUAAAAAAAAUUCUCAACUUAAAUUAAAAAAAUAAAAUUUACAUCUUUACAAAUUUAAGUGUAUAAACUUUUGAAAGGUGAAAAUCUGACAGUUGUCCUUUAAACUAAGUAAAAUGCUGGCAUUGUGCCACACCUCUGAUCGGUACCGAAUGUGGCAGGUGAUGGAAUGUUCAUCUCCACAUUCUCCUUCCGUUACAAUGCUUGAACAUAAUGUUUAUUAUGUAUUUCACAUUGUAAAUGCCACAUAACAUGUAUGUUUUUUGUUCGGUAGUGACCUUGUCAGAAUGAUGACUUUGCAAUAUAUAACAUUUUGCCUUCUUGGUACUGUAAAACAGCUACAUGUCAGCUUGUCACACUAAUGAUUGUGAACAGAGCUGACCUCCCUGUAUUCAUUAUACGGGUUAGCUGGAGGACAAAAUGUAUUUUCUUUUAGACGGCUAGGAUGACUUGUAUUGCAAUAUUGACUUUUGUGUUACCGUUAUAAAUUCUAUGAUAGGGCUUUUCAUUACGUGGCCAGGUGGGAUUCCUGGAAGGCAAAAUUGAUUAUUUUGAUGUUUGCAAAGUAGGAAAAUGAAAUAAUGAAGCAUUUUAUUUUAGCGUAAUAUUUUAAUAUUUUUUUUUUUUUUCACUUUAACAUGUUGAUAUUAGCACAAUUGCAGAAAUACUAUGAUGUAUGUGAUUCACACACUUGGUGACAUUUCUACUUUCAUCAAAUUCACUUUACUUACCUGGACAUGAUGCUGUUAUUGUCUAUUUUCCGUACCAAAGAAAACCGAUAAUAAUAAAGAGGUGCAGAUUAGACUUCUGAACAGAUCUGCUGCCUUGACUUCAAAUAUUUAUAUAUAAAAUAUUAUUUCUAUGUAAGACAAGUUUUAGAUUAGAUACACAUUUUGAAAAUGCACGGCCAUUACCUACCCGUUUUUUGUUUUUGUUUUUUUUUUUUUUUUUUUUGUUCUCCUUCAGUGUACAUCUCAGUGAUGUUCUAAUCGUAUAAUCUGGUGUUAUGGUUUUUUUUUCUUCUUUUUUUUUUUUUUUAAAUUAAUUUUUUUUAAAUAAAUUGCACCUGCAUUUAUCUGGUAUAUGUUCAAUUAAUUAAAAUAAUUAAGCCAAGAUUACAAAUGACAUUACAUAUUAAUGAUGGGGUCUUAUUCUGUAGCUGUAAUCCUAUCUAAGAAUCCAUUCCUCCAGUAUACAUGUCCCUUGACGGUUAUAAACUUGUUAUCUUUUGGGGAAUUUACUCAAUAGUCUAGCAUACCUAGUCUAAGGAACUGAACUCUGUAGUCGCUUUGCCGUUUCCGAUCUUGUCAGGAUCUGUGCUCAGUUUAGACUCUUAUUCAUGAAUAAAGCCACUUCUGAGUUCCCUUCAGCUUAGUUGAGCUAAAUAUUUAAUGAGGACUUUGCAAAUAAGGACAUGACAUGUUCAGCUCAAUGACACCUCACCUGCUCAGAUUAAUCAAUGGAUUACAGAAUAAACCUGCUAAAGCUGAAUAUUCUAUAUUAAAAGAACACUCUAGGCACCAUAACAACAUCAUCCAAAUGCAGUUGUUAUAGUGCAAGGAUGUCAGAGGUUUAAACCUUUCAAGAACUGUAUAACCGUAGAGUUGAAAGUUCUUUAUACAAUUUUUCUUAAAUGUAUUUAUUUUUCUUGAUUUCUAAUUUUAGGGAAUCUGCAACAUUAUCCAGGUUCUCGGGAAUAUACUUUAGCAUUCCUGCAACUGAAAACAGCCACACAUGUUUUUGUUUUGUUUUGUUUUUAUUUUAUAUAUCUAUAUUUUCAAAAGAACAGCUGGUUCCAACCAAGCUCUUCCUGCAACGGACGUUAAACCAUGAUUUUAAUGAGAGCUUAUCUCAACAAUACCCACAAGAAAGACAUUAACGUUAAUUGGUUAGAAAGGCUAAAGUCAAAGAGUGCUUAUAUGGUGAUAUGAAGUCACUCAAAAGCAAGCCCAUUCGUACAUUGUUAAAUAAUAAAAAAAACAACGCAGGAGAAUGAUUUAUUCAUUUGUAGAAUCAUAUUGAUCUUGCUUUUAUUAUGUUGGAUAAGCUUUUCAACCAAUUUAAUAUUUUAUUUUUUUAUAUUUUGAUAUUUUCUGAUAUGGUGAUAUUUUUUUAUUUACGAUAAUGUUGUCAGAUUUUAAUAUGUUGGGAAAUGUCUUUUUUUUUAACAAAUUUUAUCCAAAAUUAUUAAACAAUUUGAACAGUGUAUCUGCUAAUAUUACAUUGCGGCUAUUGUUUCUUAAUAUGUGUUUUAUUGUAAUUUUUUUUAAUCAUUUUAUUUACUGAAUUGAAUACAUUCUUUUCAUACUUCUAGCAAACUCACAACUACUUUACUGGUCCUCUUGAAAUUCCUGUUUGGGGGUCUUACGUCAUCUUUAUUGUGGCCACUUUGCUGAUUGGGCUAAUCCUUGGUUUGGUAAGACAUUAUCAAAUAUUAUUAGUAUAAUGGCUUUUAUUAUUAUAAGCACAUAUUUCUUGUUUGCAUUCAUAUCCCAGUAGAAAUUUUUUAUUUUUUUUUUAUUAUUUUUUUAAUGCUUUAAAGAUGUUCCAAGUCACCCUUAUGUCACUAUAAUAUAACCAUGUCCAUUCAUACCGGUUUCAGCUUUUUAUUAAUCCCUUUGGUAUCCUUUCUAACGUUCACAAUUCUCAAUUUGAGUUUUGAAAUAGUUAUGCUUCCGCAGGUGACAUUAGAAUGCUGAGCAAGAAAAAACAAAACCCUUUGUUCAUGUGAAUGAAGUAUUUUGCCUAAUUUAAAAUGGAACAAUUAUUAUAGACAAAUAAUAUAUAUAGUGGGUGGCGCACACAGUGAAAAGACACAAAAUGUGUACAGUGAUUGAGUGAGUUAAACAAGUAUAAUUAUGUAUAAAUCUCAUAUAUAUAUAUAUAUAUAUAUGUAUAUAUAUAUAUAUUCCUCUCAGCUGUAAGAGAUAAUAACUAAUAUAGGAUAGUGCAGUUUACAUUAAAUACAAAGUGCAAAUGCAAGUAUUUUCGCAUACAUUCUACUCACAUUUUACUGAGCCUGUGAGUCACUGGCUCAGGUAAGUCAGCAUGGAAGAAUUAAAGUUGAUUCAGCAUGGAAUCUUGUAAAUGUUUACUAAUUCUUUUCUCCUCUUGUUUCCGAAGAAUAGUAUCUCUUUUUUUAAUGAUCACUUUUUCUUUAAUUGUCUAUCUUAGAUGAACUGAUUUAUUUGCCAUAUUAGGUGAUUGAUUUCACAGUGGGGUUUGGAUGCACCAAUUUGUAUAACACCAAUUUGUUUUGUUGCAUUCUACUUCUGGAUAUUUGGAACAAUUAUUAUUUUAGUUACAUUUGCUAUAUUAUAUAUUUUAUAAAAUCCAGUCUCCCAGCGAAACAUAUAUUGUCUGUGGAAGGUGUACUGAUAAGAUGCUUUAUUUAGUGUAUAGAAAUCAAAGUAGAUAACCACAAACAUUCAUUCGUUUGCUGUCAUUUACUUGUAGUUAAAGGGAUAAAUUAUACAAUAUACUAAAGAGAUAUAUUGUAUAGCAUUAAUAUAUACUGUACCUUGAAGGAACGUUCCAGUUAAAAAAUAAUACUUUAAAAAUUGCUGUAUUGGAGUGUUCCUUAAACGAUUUAUGUAACUGACUCCCCUCACUGUGGCAUUGACCGAGGUAAAACUCCCUAUUAUUUGAACCCCAAGAGAGUAUCCUUUGUGCAGCCCAGUCCACCUUUUGUGAAGUCCUCUCAGAUGCAUUCCAUACAGAAGGUGCAUGGAUAGGUAGAUGGAGUAGAAUAAAAUAAUGGACUAACCCAAGAAUAUCUUCUUGUAUAUCUUAUAUCUUCUUGGCAGACAUGAUUUCUAUUUUAAAGGCUAUUACUUUAAGGAAAAGUAUUUUAAACAAUAUUGGAAUUUAAUGCCAUGUUUUUGUUUUACUUUUGUAACACUAUUUCAAUUGUAACAUGUGUGAUAUAACUGUAUAUUGGGAGUGUAUAGCACCUUGUGACUAGGCUUGACAAAUACUCAUUUUAGAGGGGAAAUGUUGCAAGAUCAGCCCUUGGGAGCUGUAAUACAACUUGCAGUUUAGGAAGAAUUCAAUAUUUAUAUUACCUAAUAGUCAACAAACCUAGUCCAAUUACCAAAUCGGGGGUCAAUGACUGAUGGUCAGAUCGAUCGUCAGUGCGAUCAGCCAGGAAUUCUCAGAAAUAAUAGUUUGCAAACAGAACCUAAUGUGAAAGCCCAGUGUGAAACUACAGAUUACAUUUAUAAGGAGGACCUAUAGCUGUGAGUUUGGAAAUAGGUCCCAGCUGGCUAUUUGAACAGAUUCAGAACCCAGUAAACAAUCAUGAUUGUACAACGCUACGGAAUUUGCUGGCGCUAUAUAAAUAAUACUAAUAAUGAUGUAUGUAGAUGAUGAUGCAGGUGCUCUAGUGGAUUUUAUACAAGGACCAAAAGGUCAAGCAUCAGUGGCAUAGAUGUCUAAAUAAGCUCUUCAGAAACUUGCUAUUGAUCAGAUCAGAGAGAAAUCGAUCUUCACAGAUGUCUUCAUUUCUUACUAUCUUCGGGCAACUGAGUAGAUGAUACUGAUCUCUCAUCUACUUUAUCAGAAGACAACUAAGCUGCUUUAAUGAAUACACACAAAAUUGCAACCACGUACAGCCAGUGCGCACACAUUACAUACAGCCAGUGUGCACACAUCACAUCACAUCACAUACAGCCAACACACACCACACGUGAACCAAGCACAGUCGGUACUCUCCGCAAGCACAUCAGAUACUGCCAGCACUUUCCAAACAUACACAGCAAGCACACACUGCACAUUGACGGCAUACAGCAAGCACACACUAUACAAAAGAAGGAGACUAUGGGAGCUUGUAGGGUAAAUAAAUCCAAGCAGCAAAAUUGAGGCUAAAAUAGUCAUAUUGUGAAAUAUUUUCCAUAUUUAUUGUUAUGGAUUUAUUUUGUGAAAUUUCAGCAUAUUACCCUGUCAACGUUCACCGCUAUUGGUAGGCGCUCCAACCUUCUUAAUUGAAAUGAUUUUCUUUCAGGACAAGUAGAUUGUCAUGACUAACAAGUAGAUUGGGCUACCACUUUAGUUCCGUGGACAAAUAGGUUUUUUUUUUUUUUUUUUAAAUUCCACAUUCAUGAGAAGAGAGAAACCAGACUCUGGAGCCUGCUCUGCAUGAUCACAUUGAUCAGACUGCCUUUCUUCUCCUCCUGUCAUGAUGUUGCAAGGUGAAGAGAUCUUCCAACUGUUCAUGUGUAAAUCUGUCAGGCAUGUCCAAUGCACUUUUCAGCAUUCCUAGGGAUAGGACACCGAUUGGUUAGAUCAGUGUUCUCCUUGGAGUGGGUGUGGAAAGCGUAAAAAAGAAGCAGGUAAAAAAUCUUAAAAAAAAAAAAAAUCAUAUUUACAUGCAGUGAGGUAACUGUCUCAUUCAAGCUUAAGCUUUUAAAUGAGAUAUUUGUCUAAAAGUGAUGCAUGUCCUUCUAAGACAUUCUGUUAUUGACUUACUGUGUUUUGGAUUAUUCUCUUAUUAUCACUGUCAUACAAUAUACAAUGUGUUUUCCACACAGAUACUGGUUCUUCUAGCAGACUGCUGUUGUCCAUCUAAAGCAAAGUAUGAAGUGGUGAGAGCUGGUAAGUUAUUUUUUUUAAAAGAAAUUAAAGAAGCAUUUUUUUUUUAGUAAAAUUAUUUAAAAGACUGUUUUAUCCCAUUUUAUAAAUCAGUAAGUGUUAAGUUUGCAUUUUAGGAAAAAAGUCAAUGUUCCCCUAUCACACACGUCUGAAAUUAUUCACAAAAUACAUAAUAUUUUCCUAUUUAACACUGUAAAUGUUCAGGAAAAUCUGUUAUUGUCUGCAUGCAAUUUAGCAAAUACUAUGGCUAUUGAGAAGGUGUUUUAUACAGUGCCAACAGAUUCUGCAGUGCUGUACAGUGGCCUAUACAGAUAAGUAAUAAACAAGUUAGGCACAGCUGGAGAAACGUAGAGAAAGGAACUGCUAAAAUGUAUAAGUGUGUGUGUGUGUGCGUGCUUGUGUAUGUGUAUAUUUAUAUAGAUGUUGAUAUCACUUUUGCAGAGCAACUGCAGCAUGAACAGGCAUGUGAUUUCUGUUCAUAAUCCGCAGACAACGUGUGGAAAACAUUGAUCCCUAUCGUUUUUGUUUGUAGAUAAUGAAUAACGAUCUAAGUGAGACUGCACGCUCUUUAUAAAGUGUCCUAUUUGCAGCAGAAUGAGGUGUUUCUUUUAUCUUCUAGAAGCCUACCAUAUGUUAAUAUAAACAUCAAAGAGCAGCUUCAUACAGCCAUGGUUUUCAUGUGAAUAUCACCGAAGAGGUGAUUUGGGUCUAGGGUUGAACAACCCAUAUGCUUACCAGGUGAAGUCUACAGCAUCCAGUGCCGUUCACGUGAAAGCAAAUAUUCCUGUUCAUAUGGAUGUCUUUAUGGGACAUUGUCUUUUGUGUAAAGUCUUCCUCAUGUCAACUAAUAUAUUAACCUGUUGAAUACUGUGUUAUCCAAUAAACAUAGAGCAGUUGAGUGGACACUCAAAGCACCAUAACAACUACAGUUAUGGUGCAAGGAAUCUAUUGGUGUUAUCAACCCUUCUUUUUUGGGACAAAGCUCAGGCUCUCCACACAUCCAAAGCAUUGCCCAUCGUCUACCACUCAUAUAAUGCAGAAAUGUCCAUAAUGUCUUGAUCAUCCAUCCAAAAAAACAUGUAUUAUUGUUAUCAUAUAAAUAGCAUGGAUACUUUGAUCUGAAAUUUGCCAUUCCCAUUUUAGUGAAAGACGAAUAAUUCUAAUCAUAAUGAAUGACUUGAUGACUGCAAUGUUAUCCCCAUUCGUUACUUAGAGGCGUUGCACACAAACAUUCUAAAGGUUAUUCUUAAUUUUUUUCUUCUUUUGUAGAAGAGAAUGAAGAGAAUUUGGACGUUCCAACUGAAGGCUCCAAAGAACCUUUAGAAGAAAAUAAAGAGUUAUCUGACAAUGAAGGAGAGAGUGAAAGUGACGAUGAAGAUGCCGAGGAAGGAAGUGAUGAUGCCAAAGACUCUGAUGAAGACUCUGCAGUGGAGGAAUCUGAUACUGAAGAAGACACUAUCCCUCCAGUGGAGAAUAUAAGCACAUCAGAACCUGAAAGUGCCUUGAGACAGCGCAAAACCGAAACCGUUGCAGAUAAUGAACAGUAACCGCAUAUAUGUGUGUGAACAUGUGAUAUAUCUUUAUGGACCAAAGAUAAAUGUCCCCACAUUUUGUGGCCAACAUUGAUUGAUGGUGUGUCAUAUUCAUGUUCUGCAUGACAAGAUGUUCAAAAAAUGAAGUUUUUAAAAGUGUGUGAAUGGAUUGCAGUAUUCUUACUCCAGACAAUCAGAACCACGUUUUGGCUGUUUUAUGUGUGAAUGUUUCUAAAAGUACAAAAACUGUUUUGUUUUGUUUUUUUUUUUUUGUUUUUUUUUUUAAAACAUUUGAAAAAGUGAACAUAGUAAGGCUUGUGAGUUAUUUUGCUUAUUUGAGUAAAAAAUAUUUUUUAAGUUGCCAUUAACAAACUAAACACAUUUAAGGAUUUACUGGAAACCAGAAAAAAUAUAUAUUUUUUGCUUUUAAUUUAAAUAGACCUAUGCAUUGGAAUGUCCAAUGUACGCCUAAAAAAAAUGAGAUCGGUCGCAUCCAUUUUCAUGCUUAAUGUGCCACAAAGCUCUUGUUUUAAUAUUUACUUAUGUAAUAAGUACGGUGCACUUUGCUUCUUGAUAAUAUAGUCAUUUUAAAAAAUGCAGGUUUGUUUUUUGUUUUUCCCCUUAUCACUCUGGAUCCUCUUGCUUUGUUUUGAAGCGUGGAGUCUGAUCUGGCACAAGCAGUGAGAGAUCACAGGUAUCCUAUAUUAACGGCAAUGCUGAAAACAAAUCUCAUUGCAGCAAUUUUGAGAAAGCCCUCUAACAACUUCUUAGAAACCUCCACACAUCUGUGAGAUGAUCAUGGAGUGUAAAAUGCCUUUAUUAAAAAAAUAUAUAUUUCAGUUCUGCAAAGUUUGGUUGCGAGCAAAUUUUAAAUUUUCCUUGUAUGAAAAAGAAAAACUUAAAUGAACAAUUUGCCAUUACUUUAAUGUAUACGUUUCUGUAAGAUAUUCCUUUUGUGUGAUAUUUUAGAAUUACCUUAGGUGACAUAGUUGUAUAUAUGUGCUUUAUUCAACCCCUUACAGGGUAAACCAUUCCAUAAGGCCACAAAGAUUUGGCCUUAAAGUAUCCCUCUAAGCGACAUAACUAUUAUAGCUCCUUACACUAGUAGUUCUGUUACCAAGAGACUUUAACCCCUUAAGGACCAAGCUUCUGGAAUAAAAGGGAAUCAUGACCUGUCACACAUGUCAUGUGUCCUUAAGGGGUUAAACAGUCUUUUUUUUAUUUAUUUUUAUUUUAUUUUUUUUAUAGCAUUUAGCAGUUUGACAAAAAACAGGAUUUCUGCAGCACCAUAGCCACUCACCACCUCACCAGCCGUAUUGGUAACAAAGCAUUUAUACCUUCCCAUUACCAGUAUCCGUUUCAUCUGAUCUACACAAGAGGUUUUGAGUGCUGGUCCGUAAUAAAUCCGCCCAUUCUUCAAACUUACUAAGUGGUUUAGAUGCACAUUCAGCCAUGACCGUCUAACCACUUGUAUGAGUCUUGAAAUAAAUUGCGUCCUUGCCAACGUUUGUCUAGGUAUAAGUGCAGGCUGCCUUGCUGUAAAAAGUUAUGUGCAUUUACUGGUAUCCCAGGGAGAAUACCAUUUUUCUUAGUACUAUUUAACUGGCUUGUCUUUGUUUUAAAGUAUGUGGUUACGAUUUAGCAUUCUGAAAUAUCCUCAAGUAAAUGUUUAUAGCUAUUUAGAAAAAAAUAAAAGAACCUCUCCCCCUCCCCCAAACUUUGAUAUUUAAUGUUUAACUGUUUGUUACUCUCAGACGUACUGAGUCUACUGUCUGUGAACUUGGCCUCAGUGUCAUUGUGUGUGUUGUAGUUUCUCUCACGUUUGUUGUUUCAUGAUUGUGGUGGUAGUAGUGAAUGCAAGAUUCAUACAGGGUUAUUGUUAUCGAUGUACUUUGCUUUGUGUUCAGUGUUUACAGAUUUUAGAGUUUUGACAAGGAAAGAAAAAAACUUACUUCUACUAUAUUCAUAAAUAAUCAUUUGCACCAAAAAUGGCUUAAUAAGUAUACUGGCAAAUAGAAAAUGUGUUGUACAGAACACAUGAUAUCGGGCAUGAUUUGGGGGUGCAACUUUGAUCUUUUUUUUUUUUUUUAAUGUCUUUUUGUUUAUGGAUAUUGAAUAUAUUUUACAGCGGUUUGCACUAGGAAUAUGGCACAUACAAGACUCUGCUCAAGCAAAGGUUACACUCUAUGGGGAUUUAUAGCUUAAAGUAUCCACAGUGAAAACUAAAUAUUGGCAGAUGUGCAAGCCAUAUUUAUGUAUAUGCACCAUUCUAAUUGCUGUGAUAAAUGGUAGAUGUUAGAUUAUAAGGUGAAAAAGGAGUUUACAGUUAAUGAAGGGACAGUUGGGUGAGUUGAGCGAGGAAUUGCCUGAGAGAGGUGUCUGGGGAGUUUUAAGCGUUAAAGAACCACUAUUGGCACCCAGACCACUUCAGCUCAAUGAAGUGAUCUGGGUGCCAGCUCCAUCUAGGGUUAACCCUGCAGCUGUAAACAUAGUCAUUUCAGAGAAACUGCUUUGUUUACAAUAGGGUUAAUCCAGCCACUAGUGGCUGUCUCAUUGACAGCCGCUAGAGGCGCUUCCGUGCUUCUCACUGUGAAAAUCACAGUGAGAAAAUGCUUACGUCCGUAGGAAAGCAUUGUGAAAUGCUUUCCCAUGGACUGAUUGAAUGCGCGCGCAGCUCUUGCCGCGCAAGAGCAUUCAGCGCUGACGUCGGAAGAGGGAGGAGAUUUCCCAGGCGCUGGAGAAAGGUGAAUGUUUAACCCCUACCUCCUCCUUCAGCCCAGCGGGAGUGGGGCACUGAGGGUGGGAGGGGAACUAAAGACCCUAUAGUGCCAGAAAAACGAGUUUUGGGUGUGGGAUUUGUAUGUCUGUGUUAGGGGAACCGUCCGUAGCAAACUGACAAAAUAUCCAGUUGAUUACUGAGGUCUCUACCCUUCCCAACCUAAAAGGUGCUGCAGUUUGUUGUUUACAAGUUAGGACCCACUCAAUGUUAUGUGAACUAAUAAAGCACAACAUGUUUCUUUUUCUUAUUUUUGAGAAUUCUGGUUUUAAUCUGUACUUUGGGCAUUGAAUGUGAACCUACAUGAAUCGGACAUGAACUUUGUUUGUGCCAAACCUCCUAGUACAAAGCUCUAUAAAAUAUAUUCAAUAUCUCUAUUAUCGGUUAAUUCCAGGAUGCCAUGAGAAAGUGAUCUUUAGUUAUAGAUUUUCUAAUCUGUACAUUUUUGUGGAUUUAAUGUGUGACUGGACUGCAUGAGUAUGUGAGUGGUUAGACUAAAUGAAUGCUGUUUGCAGGUGUGCAAGAUUUGAGUGUAGCAGGAUUGAUUGGGUGAGUGAUACUUAAUUAUACUAAAUGGGAAAUGGAACUUUAAUUUAAAGGGACACAAUAGGCACCCAGAUCACUUCAGCUCAUUGAAGUGGUCUGGGUGCAGUAUCCCAGUUCCCAUGUCCUUUAACCCUGAGCAGGUGAUAAAUAAUUACCUGCUAGGGUUAACUCUACAUCUAGUGGCUGUCUAUCAGACAGCCACUAGAGGAACUUCCAGGCUGUUAAGUGACUUUUGGUUAAGUUGCCUUACUGACACUGGACGCACUCAUGCAAUGCAUGGGGACAUCCAGCGUCACACAAAACCCUAUAGGAAAGCACUGAAUAAUGCUUUGUUAUGGGGUAACUCUAAUGCGAGCAUGACCAUUGUCAUGCAUGUGCAUUAGGUCUUUCCCCGUCGGCUGGGGAGAAGAGAGGCAAACCCGAGCCUGCACCCUGGGGAGGGGGAAGCUAUAGUGCCAGGAAAACAAGCUUGUUUUCCUGGCACUAUAGUUUCUUUUAAUAUAGUAGGAAAUAAGGUUUUGUUUUUUUGGGGGUUUUUUUCUUCAUUUUUUACAACUUGUUAGCCCGUUCUUGUUGAAUUUUCUCUAUUGCUACGGCCAUCUUCCCUUUGCUUUAGAUGUUGCCUUUAUUUUUCUGUUAACUUGAAAAAUAAAUGUCACUCAACACUGCUGAGAAGAAUAAAACGUAUACAUUGCAGUACAAGAAAUGCUGUCAGCCCUACUUGAAGCCCUACUUGAAGCAAUAGACACCUGAUAAAUUAGAAUUGUGUGCUCGUCUGUGGAUCCAGACUUUUACAGUAAGAUUCCGUCUUCUUUUUGGGUGAUCACACAAGGUCCAGUGUAUGCAUAUGAAUACUCUGUUAAAUUUCCUGUGCAUGGUUGUCAUGCUGGUAUUCACCUUUAUUUCACUUGUUUAAUUCUAGUUCACAGGUAACUCCACCUGUCACCUGUCCUUGUAGUAAAAGAAGACUCCAUUCUCUGUGCAUGGUUUGCAUAGAAUAGGUGAUUAGGACAUGAUAUGUCCAUUCUCCUUUUACAUUUUUUCAUGGUUUGCAAAUUCACUUUUACUUUGCAAUAAUUUUAUUUAAAACAUUUCAUUUUUUGAGGAUACACUCCUGACUCCAUUCAUAUUUUGUGGAUCUUUUUAGUAAUUGUUGUCCUGUAUCUACAUUCUGUGCAUUUUAUCUACACCAGUUUGUUACACAAUCUGCAUAAAUCAAGCAAAAUAUGCAGCCAAUAUUCAACUUUUACUCCUGACACUGGGAUGGAGUCAAGAUCCAUUUUUCUCAUGUGUUUUCUAUAUUUUUAUCAAAACUGUGAAAAAAGAGCUCACAUUUUGAGACAAGUGAAUCCAUUUCAAAUUUAAAUAUAUAAUAUAUGUUUAUAUGACAUUUUGAUGUCAUCGAUGAUUGCCAACUCUUUUUGUUCUUAUUUUGGCCUGAUUGUGGUGUACAGUGAAGCUCUGGGUCCAUGGUUCUGUUGGGAUAUAUAGAAAUGUUGUUUAUUUUACAUCAUCCCUUAUUUUAUCCUGGUUCAUCAUUGUUUUGAUUUAUUGUACGUUGGUACUGAUUUCAUAACAUUAAUAUAUGUGAUAUCAAGAAAACACAGAGCUCAGCUUUUUAUAAUUCAAUUUCUAAAUUGUGGGGUUGGAUUGAAAUGUUGCUUGAUAAUAUGUGGAUUAUAAAUAAAGGUAGAGGUAUUUUUAUUUUGCCACAUUAGAACCUAAAAUAUUUGCACUAUUAAAGUGACAUUCUGGUCCAUUCCAACCAGAACUUACUGUGUUUUGGGAGCAGUCCCUCCUUUUGUCAAAUUGUUUUAUAGUAGUAUGAAAAAAAGUGUUCUCGUCUCCCUGCACUUUUUCCAACCACAGCGAUAAUGUGCACCUCUUGUUUUAUGGAUUUGAUAUAUAAUUUUACAGUCCAUAUCUAUUUGAAUGUCAUCACAUAAACAGUGUGCAAAUAGAUACAAAUUGUCUUUAGGCGUUAAGUUACAGUCCAACAAUUGAUGUCUGUGUAACCACGCUGAGGGCAAAAAGAUGACGUAACAUGUUUACAAUUUUAUAAAAAGAUUGUGUUUGAAAUGAAACACACACAUCUUUUUAAUUUGUAUCAUUUUGACUGUUUAAUCCAUCAGUCAACGACUUGCCAACUCUUCAACAAGAACCUUGCCAAGAUAGGAUUGACAAAAAUCAUUGAGGUUCACUUUUAGAUGGUGUAAUAAUCCGUCUUGAAGAAUAAUUAUUGGUGUUGGAGAUGAAUUCUUCUGUUAUAUAUUAGUUUACAGUUGCUUUCUUGGAGAUGCUGGUCUUCUCAUAUGGUUUUUUGGUGGUUGAAUCAAAAAAGUAUCAAAAGAAACCCAGAAUACUGAAAGGUGCUUUGGAUAUAAUUAUGGAUGAUGUACCAAAUCACAUCCAAAUGCAAACAUCAAAUAUUAUAGUUCAUUGCCCUUUUGAGGGAGAAAUCUGAUCACAAUAACAAGAGAUCCAUCUUCAAAUAAUGUGUCAAGGAGGGAGAAAAAUGGAAAUGCCCCAAAACUAUAAAUUUUUGUUUUAUCUAUCCAAAAAAAAAAAAAAAAGUUUUGGUGUGACCAGCAGGGCUAAUACCACACUAGCUAUUCAAUAAGAUUUUUAAAGAGAUUAAAACCUUUCUCCUCUCUAUGGUUUUCUUCUGGAAUCGAAUGCCAAAAACGUACAAUGGGAAACCAUAUCAUCUUAGGGAACAUUCGACAAAAAAGUAGAAGUUGAUAUAUCGAUGAGAACUGUGCAUCAGUCUUGUUAGUUUCACGUCUAUAUAAAAUAAUUUAAAACGUAUAAGUGAAGGUCAUACUUGGGAAUUGAAGAAAUAAUGUUUGCUUUUUUCCAAACAAUGCUGCAUUUUUGCUUUUCUACAUUUUUUUGUUUUAUAUUAAUCUGCCUGUUUUUGCACUAUUUAAUGCCAUGCAUAUCAGACGCCUAAUAGUUUUAAUCUGUGAAGAUACCAUGGUUUAUAGUUAUCAGUAUAUAUGAAAUUAAGUGGGAAGUUAUAUAUCAAGUAAAUAUAAGUCUUUUUUUAAUUGGUGAAAUUUCUCAAUAGAUGAAUAAGGCUUGGUCAAGACAUGGAGUAAUGCCAUUCAUCCAUAAAACUCCUUCAUGUUUAUACUGAGAUAAACUGUACAUUUAGAACAUGCUGUGGUUAUCUGGUAUUUUGAAGUAUACUUUGCCUAUUCCAUUACACCUGAUAUCUGGGACUGUGCGCAUUGUUUCCCAGAUAGGAGCAGAUUCCAUCUUACCGUUCAGAAAAGACCAUCGUGCUAUAAUUCAAAACUGCAAAUAGAGCAUAUUGUUAACAUAUUUGCACUGCUAAGAGUUAAGGCUGUAAUUAUGUGAAACCCUGUGGGAAAAUAACUAUUUUGUAGAAAAGAGCAUUAGAAGGAGGACCUGGGACUUAAUAGAAUGAGCAAAUUUAAUGGAAAACCAACAGAUCCCAAGUAUACCUCCUUCACCCCUCAGGCAUCUUCUGCAAAUGAGGGACACUGUGGGGUAAUUUUUAGAUUAACGUUCGCAUGUUGGAUACCAGUGGAAGAGAACCAAAAACAUUUUAUUAGGUAAUACCACAUGGGUAGUGUAUUUAUGAUUACAUUGUAGUGCUUUACCUGGCUCCAUUCUGCCUCCAAAAGGUAGAAUUAUAGUUUCUUGACUCUUUCUGUGGGAGUCAUUUUUGAGUAACUGGGGUGGGAUUGACAAACAGUGGAAAGAAAAAAUGACUGAUUUAUGGGGUUCUACCUCCAGAAAUUACUUGUUUAGGUUUAGUAUCUUGAUAUGUAACGUUUGAAGACUAUGGCCUCAAUUUUAAUAUUUUUUUUUUAUUAUUAUUAUAAUAAACUUUUCAAUUGAUCACAUUCUGUUAGGAUUUUUUUUUUAAUUAUUUAUGUACAUAAGUCACCAUUAACUUCUAUGGGAAAUUUUUUGUAGAUAAAUAUUUUGAAAAGUUUUCUAACAAAUUGUGAUCAUUUAAAAAGCUUAUACAAAACUAUGAGGCCUCUGUCUUAAGUUUGGAGGGGCCAUAUAUUUGCCAAGAGUAACUUCAAUAAAAAAGGGGGUUGAGGACACCCUUGAUGAGUUCCACUGGAAAUAGAAAAGCAUUUUUAGAUUAGGUUUUUUUUUUUUAAAUAAAGAAUUGACAUAAAAAAAGUGGGGAAAACCAUAUUUUUAAAUAUGUUGUAUGUCCAAUUGAUAGUGUUAGCCCAGAAGUUGCGGACUGUGUUUUCCUGAUUACAUUAUGGAAGGCUGAGUCAGCAACAACUAUUAUUCCAACAUGUCUUUCACUGGUGUAUGUCUUCCUCUCCACAUUGCUUACUGAUGGGACUUUGUGCUUGAACACUUUGUGCUAUGUUGUGGCAUAUAAUAAAACCUAUGCAUAUACUGAAAUAAAGCUGACUUACUGAAAUAUAUUUGUCUCAUGAUUCUUUCUCCCCAAAGAGUGCAAUAUUUGAACACUGUUUUGAGAUUUGUGAUGGCUGUAUAGUUUAGUAAAUUGAUCUCUCCCCUAUCCCUGACCCUCCCAUUGCUUUCAGUGGGAGAACUGUACUCAUCCAUAUGCAGAGCCGGUGAAAGGAUUUUUGCUGCCCUAGGCAAACAAAAAUUUGCUGCCCCCCCAUAUGUUCUGCUUGCCAUGUGACAUCACAAUGCCCCAUCCAUAUGAUCUGCCAUAUGGGCCUACGCCAAUUCUGCACAAAGUGUCUUUUAUCUGAAAAGGCAGUGAGUUUACAUUAAAAGGCCUGCAGGCACUGGUUAUAGACACCAGAACCACUACAUUAAGCUGUAGUGGUUCUGGUGACUAUAUAGUGGUCCUUUAAUGUGAGGUAAAUUAGAGAUUAGCGCCACUAAUAAUAUAUUGGAUUGCCUACUUACCACCAGAUAGAGGACAAGAGAAUGAUGAUGGGCUCAGGCUGCAGUCUGUCUCCACUGGUCUGGUGUAGAAGAGGUUCUCUGGAUACUGUUUGUAACAGUGCUCUCAAAAAUUAACGAACAGGAAGUAGCUCCACUUUUUGGGGCCCUUUACACAGCUCAAGGUCUGGGCCCCCAGGGCCUGACCGUGAGUACGCCUACAAGGCCCGCCCAUAAUUCCACCUACAUGGCCCACCCAUGAGUUUGCUCAAAGGGAGUGGAUUGGAUGUGUUAUGUGUUAUUGUAGAGGAUGUAAUGUGUGUGUGUUCUUAUGGAAUGUAGUGUAUAGGGAUACCAAUUUGUGUAAGGGGUAUAGUGUGUGUAUAGGGGAUGCAGGAUGUGUUUGUGUGUAAGGAAUGCAUUGUGUGUUUCUGGGUGUGUCUGUGUGUAAGGGAUGCAAGGUGUGUUUCUGUGUAUGUAAUUUAAUUCAGUGUGUUUCUGUAAGGGGUGCAUUGACUGUUUGUAAGAGAUGCAUUUUGUUUCUCUGUGUGUGUGUGUGUGUGUAAGAAAAGUGCACACACAGUGUAUCUGUGUGUGAGUAGAGAUGCAUUGUAUGUUUCUGUGUGUGUGUGUGUGUGUGUAUGGACGCAUUGUGUAUUUCUGUGUAUGUGUAAGGAUGCAUUGUGUAUGUGUGUGUAUUGUGAAAGAGAGGGUUUGUGGGGUAGGAUAUGGGCUGAGAGGGGAGCAGCUCUUUGUUUUUAUAGUGCUCUCCCCUCCUGUCAAUUAGUUAUCUCCUGUCCCUCAGUGUUAUCCCCUCCUGUCCCUUAGUGCUGUCUCCUCCCCUCCUGUCCUUUAGUGCUCUCCCUUGACCCCUGUCACUUGGUGAUAUUGCCUCCCCUUCAGUCCAUUAGUGCUCUCCCCACCCAUCCCCCAGAGCUCCCCCCUCCUGUCCCUUUGUGCUCUCCCCGACCUUCCUGUCCCUUAGUGCUCUCUCCUCCCCUCCCUUAGAGCUGUACCCUCCAUCCUUAGAGCUCUACCCUGUACCUUAGUGGUCUCUCCCCCUGUCCCUCAGUGUUCCUCUCUUCUCCUUGUCCCUUAGUGUGGUCUCCCCCCCCUCUUAGUGGUCCUCUCCAGACCCUCGUCUUCCCCCUUAGUGGUCCUCCUCCCCGAAACCCUUAGUGGUCCUCCGCCCCCAAAGCCACUUCCCACUCUCCUAGUGGUCCUCCCUCUCCCCCUUAUUGGUCCUUCCUCUCACCCAACCACUUAGUAGUACUCUCCAUCCCCCCUCUCCUCCCUUAGUGGUCCUUUCACCCUCAUCUCUCCCUUAGUUGUCUUCCCUCCCUGUUAUACCUCCUUUCUAUCUUUGUAGUGUGGCCGGCGGCACGGACCACGGUACAGGAGCUUAUGUUUCCGGCCACACUACAUUGAGUACAAAUACAAAAAAACAAGUCCUGCGCUCAAACUCUCUAUACUCUUGGGUGACAGCAACGACCAUAGUAUACAUCAGCCCCAUACAAAAAACUAAGAAAAACGUUACCUGCGUUCUUCCCAAAUCCUUUUGCACAUUUAAACAAAUGGAGGUUAUUUAGUUGCUCCAAUGGCCAUGAGAGUUUAGCCCACCUGCCAACAUUAAGGCAAACCUCUCAGGUGGGUCCUACACUAACCUUGCUUCCUUGAGCUUCUGGCAUAGAUUUCUCUAAUGAGACAGAGGUGUAUUUUUUAUAGACACCCCUAUAUACUUAUUAACCCUUAGUAGGAAACACAUGGGUUGGGCAGCAGCAUUGUAGCAUAGCUGUGUGAUACAAAGGUGAAUACAAAUACAAAAAAACUAGUCCUGCGCUUAAACUCCCAUUACUCUUGGGCGGCAGCAACGACCAUAGUUCACAUCAUCCCAAAUACAUACAGUAAAAACCAAAGAAACAAGUUACAUAGCAAAAAGCAAAACUGAGUGACUGGCAGGAGGGAGCGCUGUGCGCUUCCCUCCCGCCUGUCACUCAAAUCUGGCGCCCCCUUUGCCGGUGCGACCUAGGCAACUGCCUAAGUCGCUUAUAGGAUGAACAUGCCCUGUCCAUAUAUGUUUGCAAUAUACAGCAGCUAUGAUAAAUACAUUUUCUGUACAGAUCCGUAUAGAUCAGGGGUAGGCAACCUUUCAGCAGCACUGUGCCGAAAUAGGAUUGUGAUGUCCCAUAGCGUUCCAGUCCUAUUUUUUUUAAAUUGAGUUGUGCCUGUUUCCAUAUUCUGCUUGUGUUAUUUAAACUGUGGUUGUUUUGUAUCGUAUUUCUGGGUAUAUGAACUAUUAUAUUGUAUAUGUUCAUGAGUAGUUUGUGGUAUCGUGUAAAAUACAUAUGAAUGUGGGCUGUGUAUGGGGGCUGCUUGUGAAAUGUGUGCAGAUGGAUUUGUCUCAUGGUGUGUUUGGUAGUGUGUGUAUGUGUGGGGCUGUUUUGCUUAUUGCAUGUUAGAGGCUGCAUGUAUGUGGAUUGUCAGUGGUGUUGAGUUUGUGCAGAUUGUGUGUAAGUUUGUGUGUGGGCUGUUCAUAUUAUUUGUAUGCGGGGAGGGUUGUUCUGCAGAGAAACCACAAGGGGGGGCUAAAGAGAGAGAGAUGGGGAGGAGGCACAGACAUGAAAGGGUUUGGGAAGGGACAAAAGAGACAGACAAAAGCUUGGGGGGACGGACACACAUUGACAGAGGGGUUGGGAAAAGGCAAAAGAGACAGGCAAAAGCUUGGAUAUCACACAAAUAUAAACAGAGGGGUAGAAGAGACAGACAGGUUUUGGGGGGUACACAAAGAGUCAGGGGUGUUCGGUAAGGUGAGGGGCAGGGCCGGACUGGGGAUACAAAGUAGGCCUGGAAAAAAAAGAAUCUAUGCCAGCCCAAUAAGUCAUUGUGCCAUGUAUUGUCACAUGUAAUAUGUAAGGCUAUGUCUUGCCACCCCAGAUGUGACGAGACCAAUCUCGCCACAUUGCAUUGGAGGAGCCUAGUUGCCCACCUGCUGCCUUUGGAUUAUGGACCGGCAGCUAAAGGGUUGAUUUUACUGUGCAGAAGGAUUUAUUUCUCCCUUUCUGCACAGCCGUUCGGUAGAUUCUAUCUACCGAACAAACAGACUUCUAUCAGCCUCCCCAGAGCCGUGGGAAGUCGGCCGGCGCCGUUAAUUGGCCACCCAGAAGCUGGAGUGCGCCCUCCAUUUACCUCCCUGAAGCCGCAGUUAACCGCGGCUUAACGAGCGUGUGCCGGCAAUUGACCACCCAGUAGCUGCGGUUAACCGCAGCUUAAUUGAUUGUUACUGGGUGGUCGCGGUUACACUUAGCCGCCACACGAUGGCGGUGUUCUGGAGCUCCCCGGGCAGCCAGCGCUUUUCUGCCCAGCUUUCCUGCACCAAAACCGGACACUUUUACAUGCAGGCACCGCUGAACCUCCAACCCCUGGUUCUAAUUCGUACGGAUUUAACGAAUGCAUGUAAAUUCGGUAUUUUAUGUUGGAGGAAUGUUUUAACCCAGAUAGCUAUGCCAUGGAGCCUGUUCGUGUAAUUAAAGACUUUGGCUCCAUGGCAAUUAAACUGUAUUCGUGUGGUCUGAGUGCCAUUCACCUAAUAAUGUGCACUCAGACCUGAGCUAUCUGGGGAUAUGUUACAUGUAUAUAUUUACCGUACCAUUUGUCCCAUUAUGUAUUUUAAAGUGAUAGUCUGUCUUUGUGUCCCCACAUGUGUAAUGGAGUUUUGCCUUUGUCCUGGGAGAUAAUUGAAUUACUUCUCCAGGGCAGAGGGGAGGAAGCCAGGAUGCAUUGUGGGGAUGUUUUACUUCUGUAUGUCUGUAAUUGGUACAUGUCUGUCUUUUGUUACAGUCUUCCAUCUGGUCCCCUAGGGGAGUGUCCACCAGGUGGGAGACCUGCAUAAAUACUGGGCAGGUAGCCCUCAUUAAAACAGACCACUGCUUGACCC